GUCUGUCUCAAGACAUUCAAGUGAGUAGUAGUGUCCCAACUUUCUCAACCGUGGAGUGAUAGAGCCACAUUAGCCCUGGCAAAAACAGCCAUGGCGACUGCAAAAAUGAAGAUCAUUCUUCCGCUAGUCGUUUGGAUAUUAUGGCUGAAUGAGACGGCAUCCCAAUCCUUUGGAGGAAUUGGUUUCGGCAUAAAACGAGAAGUGUUCUUCCUCAACCUCGAGGACGGAUAUUUCGGUUGCCAAGUUAACGAGUCGACGGACGUCUUACAGUUAUUCGAAUUAUCAAAAUUAUGCGACGGAACUCCGAACUGCUUCCUUGGUUCCGAUGAAUUAACAAAGGAACUCAAGUGCACUGAUGACUGCCGAAAGGAGGAUGGUACCGUGUGCCAAAAUGGUGCUUGUCUAGAUAACCAGUGUUACUGCAAUGACGGUUAUGGCGGAUGUAGUUGCGAAGUGCCAGACGAAAACGAAUGUAAAUAUAGGCCGUGUGAUGUAUUUGCCCACUGUACCAAUACUUUGGGUAGCUUUUCCUGUACGUGUUUUCCAGGAUAUACAGGAGAUGGUUUUCAUUGUGAGGAUAUCAAUGAAUGCGAUGAUCCCGUAAUAGCUGCCAGAUGUGUGGAUAAUGCCGAAUGUUGUAACCUGCCAGCGCAUUUCCUAUGCAAAUGCAAAGCAGGAUAUGAAGGAGAUGGAGAAACACAAUGUUUUGAUAUUGAUGAAUGUUCCAAUCAUGACGCUUGUGGACAACACGCUCUUUGUCAUAACAUCCAAGGAAAUUACACAUGCUUGUGUCCCGAUGGAUUCUACGGAAACCCCUUCGAAGGAUGUAUCGACGUAGACGAGUGUGAGCAGCCUAACGCUUGUGGUCCUGGUGCAAUUUGUCAAAAUGUUGUUGGGGGAAGGGAAUGCUACUGUCCUCCUGGUUACGAAGGAGACGCUUUUACCAGCGGCUGCAGUGACAUGAACGAAUGCUCAAGAUCUAACCCAUGUGGUAGAAAUGCCCAUUGCUCAAAUUUAGAUGGCAGUUUUAGGUGUACCUGCCCUUCGGGAUUUAUUGGUGACCCAAUGACUGAAUGUACAGACAUUAACGAGUGUGAUUCAAACCCAUGCGCCCCAAUCGCAUCCUGCAUCAAUAAUAAUGGAAGUUAUUCCUGCAUUUGCCCUGAGGGAUACACAAGCUUGGCUAAUGGAGACUGUUCCGAUAUCAAUGAGUGUGGAAGAUCGGGGGCUUGUGGAAUAAACGCUAAAUGCAUUAACGUACCUGGUUCUUUCAAGUGCAUAUGCCCUCAAGGUUUCACUGGACAGGGACAUCAAUUUUGUGAAAAUAUAAACGAAUGUGAUGCAAAACCUUGUGGGAUGAAUGCAGUUUGCAAAGACACUGUAGGAAGUUACAUUUGCUCGUGUCACGAAGACUAUACAGGAGACCCUUUCAAAGAAUGUGUAGAUAUUGAUGAAUGUAUUUCAUUAGAAAAGCCAUGCGGAUUGCAUGCUGUUUGUGAAAACACGAAACCAGGAUAUAAUUGCUUGUGUCCACAAGGAUAUCAAGCAAAUCCAACCCCUCAAAUUGCUUGUGAACAGAUUGAUGUCAAUAUCCUAUGUAAAUCAAACUUUGAUUGUACCAACAACGCAGAGUGUAUUGAAAAUCAAUGUUUUUGUCAAAAAGGCUUCAAUCCUAGAGGUGCUACAUGUGUUGACAUAGACGAAUGUGAGAAACAAACUUGUGGUAAUUUCUCAGUUUGCACGAAUACAGUAGGCAGUUUCCACUGCGAAUGUGAAAGCGGAUUUGUGGGAGCGCCCCCUAUGAUCCAAUGCAAGGCUCCCUGUGAUGAUGUUUCUUGUGGUAAUCAUGCUUAUUGCAAACCUGACGGCCAAGAAGCGUAUUGUAUAUGUGAGGAUGGGUGGACCUUUGAUCCGAGUGACAUAGCUGCUGGAUGCAUAGAUAUAGAUGAAUGUGACAAAGUUAACGGCCCAAGUGGUCGCUGUGGGGAUAAUGCGGUAUGUACUAACCUACCUGGAACUUUCGCUUGUCAGUGUGAACCUGGAUUUUCUGGAAACCCUAACUCUAAAUGUCAUGAUAUCAACGAAUGCUCCAACGCAAAUUCCUGCGCUGUGGGUGCAAUUUGCACAAAUCUUCCGGGCACUUUUACGUGUCAGUGUCCAAGUGGAACUGUACCAGAUCCAGAUGCGAAAACAAAAUGUAAUGAAAUUGUUACUUGUGAAACUGACGCAGACUGUCCAGGCAAUGCUAUAUGCGAUAAUCAAAAAAUGUGUUUGUGCCAAGAACCCAAUAUUGGAAACGACUGUCGGCAUCCUUGUGAGACAACUGUAUGCGGCCCAAAUGAGCAAUGCAUGUUGGUAAACCAAGAGUCUAAAUGUAUUUGCAAUGCAGGUUACACUGGCACAACUUGUACCGAUAUAGACGAAUGUCUUGGUAAUCCAUGUUCUUCAGGAGCAAUAUGUAAAAAUGAGCCUGGAUCAUUUACUUGCCAAUGCCCAGGAGGAACCUCUGGCGACCCAUAUAGAUCGGGUUGUACAAAAACCACUAAGGUUUCAGAGUGCUCCGAUUCGAAUCCAUGUCCAUUGGGAGAACAAUGCAUCAUGGAUGAAUAUCUCAACGAAAACGUUUGUAUUUGUGUUCAAGGUUAUGUGAGAGACAAGCAAACUGGAAAAUGCAGAGAUAAUGACGAAUGCACCGAGCUCAGAGAGAAACCAGCGUGUGGUACAAAUGCCAUCUGUAAAAACUUACCUGGAAGCUAUCACUGUCAAUGUCCACCUGGUUUUGACGGAAACCCAUUUUUAGAGUGUCUUGAAUGUAACAGUCCUGACUGUCGCUGUCAGCCUCCUCAUAAACUGCUUGAUGGAAAUUGUGUUCUUGCUAACUGUGAAAAAGAUGGUACAUGUCCAAGCGGUGCCGAAUGUAUAACAAUUACUGGAGGUGUUAGCUAUUGUGCUUGUCCAAAAGGAUAUAAAACACUGCCAGAUGGAUCAUGUGUCGAUAUCAAUGAAUGUUCAGAACAGGAACGAGUUUGUGGCUUUGGGGCAGAAUGCACAAAUUUACCCGGAUCAUAUGAAUGCAAAUGUCCGAAAGGGUACACUGGGGACUCUUACAAUGGAAUGUGUUCCCCGGCGCAGAAAAAAUGUAUUAAUGAUAAAGAAUGUUUGGCUAAUGAAAAAUGUAUACAGCCUGGGGAAUGCAUAUGUCCCCCUCCAUUCUUCACUGACUCACAAGAUGGAAAUAAAUGUAAAAACCCGUGUGGAAGAUAUCCUUGUGGAAUCAAUGCAAAAUGCACUCCUUCAGAUCCUCCAAUAUGUACAUGUGAAGUUGGAUAUAGUGGAGACCCCUUUCAAGGUUGUAUUGACAUUGAUGAAUGUGUACAAGAACCAUGUGCAUAUGGUGCUCACUGCCUCAACCAGAAGGGUGGUUACAAAUGUUUCUGUCCCAGAGGUAUGACCGGAGAUCCAUACAAAUCUGGCUGUAUUCUGGAAAUACCCGGAAUGUCGAAAACUGAAUGUCAAUCAGAUGGUGAUUGCUCGAAUAUUCUCAGCUGCCAAGAAGGUACAUGCAUCAGUCCUUGUGCUACUACACUUUGUGGAUCACAUUCCAUUUGUGAACCAGAAAAUCAUAAAGGAAUAUGCAAGUGUUACGUAGGAUUUAAGAAAAAUUCAAGAGGGCAGUGUGUAUCCAUUUGCGAGGGAGUCAUUUGUGCUUCUGGCGCACAAUGUAUUGCUACUCCAAAUGGUCCUACAUGCAAAUGUCUUGAAGGAUUAAUGGGAAAUCCAUUCCCUGGAGGGCGAUGUUCUACAGAUGUUUGUUCAAAGAGCAAUCCGUGUGAAGAACCUAAAGUUUGCGUAAAUGGUCGAUGUAAACAAAGAUGCGAGGGCACAAUUUGUGGUGUAGGAGCUCAUUGUGACAAAAAUACGAAUAAAUGUGUGUGUGAUCAUCUAUUUGUUGGAAAUCCAAACCUUCUCUGUAUGCCACCAAUCACCGGUCCAGAUUGUAGUCCUGUCUGCGGAAAAAAUGCGCAUUGUGAAUAUGGCAUCAGAAACAAAUGUGUUUGCAAUACCGGUAGUGUAGGCAAUCCUUAUGAGGUUUGUGAGCGAAUAGAAAGAAAAACAUGUGACCAGAACUCAUGUGGAAGAAAUACUGAGUGUAACAGCAAUCUAAAUGGAAUUGAAUGUACGUGCCUCCGUGGUUUCACUGGCAAUGCAUAUAUAGCUUGCGAAGAUAUAGACGAAUGUAAUACUGAUGUUUGCGGAACAGAUGCAGUUUGUAUCAACACACAAGGGAGCUACGACUGUCGAUGUAGGGAAGGAUAUGCAGGAAAUCCUUUCAUAAUAUGUAAUCAAGUCCAAGGCGGUACAUGUGAAGAUCCAGAAAACUGCCAUUGCAGUGAGAAGCUUCUUUGUCCUAAUGGAUAUACUUGUCAAAAAGGUCAAUGUCUGAGUUACUGCGAUAAAAUGAAAUGUGGACCCAAUGCCACAUGCCAUUCAGGCCAAUGUAUUUGUGAUCCUGGGUAUGAAGGAAAUGCAUCAGACUUCACAACUGGAUGCAAAAUUCAGGGACAAUGCAAUAGUGAUAAUGAUUGUAGGAGCACAGAUAUAUGUUUUCAGUUCAGCAAAAACACCAGAAAAUGCUUAGAUGCUUGCAGUAAAGUUCAGUGUGGACCAAACGCAUUAUGUCUAGCUGAUAAGCACAGAUCGUCAUGUAUUUGUAUUCCCGGCUAUUAUGGAGACCCUAGCGAUGCCUUGGUUGGGUGUCAGCUGGAAGGAAGAGUGCCUCAAAGAUUGUGUGAGAAUGACAGUGAUUGUAAAUUUGGUACAGUAUGCUCUAUUGACGCAAAAGGGUUACAAAAAUGCAUUAGUCCUUGCGAAACAAUUGCAUGUAAAACAAAUGAAAUUUGCAAACUUGAUGUUGCAGGACAUCCGACAUGUGCGUGUGAGACAGAAUAUAUGUGGAAUCCUGUGACAUCAACAUGUGAAAAGCCAUCUGUACCAGAUUGUGCUUCCAAUGAUAACUGCCAGCCAACAGAAGCAUGCCAGCCAGACCCUCUGGGUGUUCUGAAAUGCGUCUCAGUUUGCUCGCAUUUUACUUGUCCUGAAAAUUCAGCUUGUGUAGCUGAAUCUCACAUAGGACAGUGUCAGUGUUUAGCUGGAUUCACAGGAAAUCCAAAAGACCGCGGCGGUUGCAGGGCGGUAGUGAAAGACCAAUGUACUUCAGAUGUCCAGUGUUCUGAACAAGAAACAUGCAGAAAACAUAGUAAACACGAGAUUCUCACUUGUUUACCUGCUUGUGAACAGACAGUUUGUGGUCCGAAUGCUAUAUGCAUUGUGAACAAUCACGUACCUCAAUGCCAAUGUCCUCAAGGGUCCUAUAUAGGAGAUCCAUAUGAUCAUUCAUUAGGCUGCACCGCAGUUCCAUGUAUGUAUAAUAUUGACUGCCCAGAAUCACAAUUAUGUAACCGUUUAACUCAUACUUGUUAUGAUGUUUGUGAUGAGGAAACAUGCGGUACAAAUGCCGUUUGUAUUGCUGAAAACCACAAAGCAAUAUGCCAAUGUCCACCAGGUACUACACCAAACCCACUACCUGAAAUUGAAUGUAUUUCUGUCAAUGUAUGUGAACCUAAUCCUUGCCAUAGUGAUUCGAUAUGUCGUCCUGCUCCCGAUGGCUAUACAUGUCACUGUCCUAAAAAUACUAUCGGAGAUCCUUUUAAAUCGGGAUGUAUUCCAGAGGGAAAUUGUCCGAGAGGAAACAUCGAUUGCCCACCCGAAUCAGUAUGUGAAUUAAACAAAUGUAUUAAUCCAUGUGAACAAGUAUCAUGUGCUUCAAACUCCAUAUGCUCUGUUCAGAACAGAAAAGCUAUUUGUAAAUGUCCUGAAAAAUUUAUUCCUUCAGAAGGAGGAAUACAAAAUGGUUGCAUACGUUUUCAAGCCCCAUGCACAAAUGACAUUGAUUGUGGAAAUGAAGUAUGCUUUAAUGGACAGUGUAGGGCGGUUUGUAGAAAUAAUAAUGACUGUUCUUCAGGAGAGAAUUGCCACAAUAAAAUGUGUAUUGUUUCCUGUGGAGAUCAUAGUCAGUGCUCAAAAGGUCAGGCUUGCAUAAAUGGUACAUGUAUGAUAGGAUGUCGUAGUAAUAAAAAUUGUCCUUCCGAAUAUGCGUGUCUCAACAAUAAGUGUCAAGACCCAUGUCAAAGAGAAUCAUCUUGUGGUCCAAAUGCUAUGUGUUCCUGCAAAAAUCAUGAAACUAUUUGCAAAUGUCCUGAAGGUUUCGAUGGAAAUCCUACACCCCAACAGGGUUGCAUCAGAAUACCUAAACCAUGUCAGGAAAAUAAUGAAUGUUCCCCAGAAUAUAUAUGCGAAAAAAAUAUUUGCUCACUACCUUGUCAGAACAAUAGCCUUUGUGCAAUUGGAGAAAGAUGUUACAAUAAUAAAUGUAUGAAAGUUUGUUAUAGUAAUAGUAACUGUCUACAAGGAGAAGUGUGUCAAAAAGGAGUUUGUCAACCUGGAUGUGAGGUUGAUUCAGACUGUAGAACAACUCAGAUCUGUUUCCAAGGAAAAUGUAAAUGCGCGAAAGGAUUCAUAAUGACACCUCAAGGUUGCACUGAUAUUGAUGAAUGUGAAGACCAUCCUUGCCAUAUAACAGCCAUUUGUAAAAAUCAACCGGGCUCUUUUACCUGUAUUUGCGGCGAACGAAGAAUUGGUAACGCCUAUGGUGAACCUGGAUGCUCUCUUCCUGGUCAAUGUCGUCAUAACAAUCAUUGUUCUGAUGAACUAAUUUGUAAACAAGGUCAUUGCAAAAAUCCUUGUGAAGAACCAAGGUGUGGAUCCAACGCCAUCUGUUCUGUUUCAAACCAUGAAGUAACCUGUGCAUGUCCUCCUGGCCACCUGGGUAAUCCCCAUGAUACUAAUUUGGGUUGCUUCAAAGUGGAAUGUUUAGAAAACAAAGAUUGUUCUCCGGCUCAGAUGUGUGACGAACAUUCGAAUAAGUGCAUAAAUCCUUGCAAUGAUAUCAAUUGUGGUAAGGGGACAUGCUCCACUCAAAAUCAUAAUGCUGUUUGUACAUGUUUCUCAGGAUAUGAGUUAAUUGAUAAUAAAUGUGUUGAUAUUGACGAAUGCCUAGAACCAUCCUCCUGCCACACAACAGCUACAUGUAUUAAUACUGAUGGUAGUUUUAACUGUAUUUGUUCCGGCGGAUUAGUAGGAGAUCCAUCGGGAAAGGAAUGCAGGAAACCGGGAUAUUGUUUUAGUGAUGCAGAUUGUCCAUCAUCUGCUACUUGUGAUAAUAACAAAUGCCGUAAUCCAUGCGAAAAUCCUAAUGUUUGUGGUAAAAAUGCGGAAUGUUUUCCUGUAGCACAUGCAGCCACUUGCAAAUGUCCUGCUCGUACGAAAGAAGAUUUUAAUCAUAAUUGCAUUCCCAUUGAGUGUGCGGAUAAUAACGAUUGUUCCGAAGAAAAAACUUGCGUGGACUCCAAAUGUCAGAAUCCAUGUGAUUUGCCCAAUAUAUGUGGUAAAAAAGCAAUAUGCACACCAUCAAAUCAUCUUGGUAUCUGUGCUUGUCAGGCAGGAACUACCGGUGACCCUCAUCUGGGAUGUGUAUCUGUGCAGUACUGUGCAGCAGACAAUCAAUGUCCAACAGGUCUGAAAUGCUAUAAUGGAUUGUGUACAUCUGUUUGCAGAAAUUCAAGGGAAUGUAUUGGUAGCCAACUAUGUAUUCAGGAAAUUUGUCAACCCACCUGUAAAUCUAACUCGUCCUGUCCAGAAUAUCAGUUUUGUCAUGACAACAUAUGCACCCAAGAAAUAAAGUGUAGGUCAAAUACAGAUUGUGGCAGUCGAGAAAAAUGUUCUUCAAAUAGUGUUGGACGAACAGAUUGUGUUAAUGCAUGUGAAGGUGUACUAUGUGGACGAAAUGCAGAAUGCUCUUCUGAAAAUCAUAAAGCAGCUUGUCUUUGCAAAACUGGCUUUAAAGGAAAUCCCAAUGACGACAAAAUUGGAUGUCAAAAAGUUGAAUGUGAAACCGACGACCAGUGUUCAAAUGACAAACUCUGUGAUCAAUACAUGUGUAAAAUAGCAUGUCUUGUACAUAAUCCAUGUGGAAGAAAUGCUUUAUGUUCAGCGGAGCAUCACAAACAAACUUGUUAUUGUCAACCAGGUUAUACAGGCGAUUCCCAUGCAGGAUGUAGACUUAUAGAUUUCUGUGCAGAUAAACCUUGCGGGUCAGGAGCUGUCUGUCACAAUUCCAGAGGCUCGUUCAGGUGUCAAUGUCCACACGGAUCCAUAGGAGAUCCUUAUAAUGAAGGCUGUAAAGCUCCUGUUGAAUGCUUAACGAAUAAAGAUUGUCCGAUAGAAGCAAAAUGUGAUAAAAUCAAUGGCAUCUAUAAAUGCAGGAAUGUCUGUGAAAAUAAAAAGUGUGGUCCUAAUGCUGAAUGUGUAGCUGUCGAACAUGAGGGUCAUUGCACCUGCCGAACUGGAUAUCAUGGAAGUCCUAAUGAGUUGAAUUCAGGAUGCAAACCCAAAUUGGUUAAUUGCAAAACAACAAUCGAAUGUCCUUCAAACACAUAUUGCUACGGAGAUAUUUGCAGUCCACCGUGUGAAACAAACAGAGAUUGUCAACAAGAUGAACAAUGUCUACAAGGGCAAUGCUUGAAUCCAUGUCAAGUAAAAACAGCUUGUGGAAUGAAUGCAGAUUGUCGAGUGAGAGAUCAUGUGAAGACAUGCAGUUGUCCAGCUGGUUUCACUGGAAACCAAGAUGUAGAGUGUGUUAGAUUGCCAGUAUCGUGUACUUCUGAUAAUGAUUGUAGUAACAGAAGUAUUUGUAUAAGUAAUAUGUGUCAUCCUCAAUGUAAAAUGGACAACGAAUGUGCUUACAAUGAAAAAUGUCUCAGAGGAAACUGCCAGCUAACCUGCCGUGUUGAUAACGAUUGUUUCUUGGGACACAUAUGUCUUAAUAACACAUGUUUCUAUGGCUGCCAUAAUGACGAUGACUGUACAAGUAGUGAAUCCUGUAGAAGUAAUAAAUGCACAAAUCCUUGUAAUGAAGAUUCUUGUGGACCUAAUGCUUUGUGCACGGUCUCCAAUCAUAGGGCUACUUGUUCCUGUGAUAAGGGUUUCGUGCCAAGUCCAUCUGCUAAAGUUGCAUGUGUGAGAGCUCCUGCUCAAUCAUGUAGGGAAAAUCGAGAAUGUCCCGCUGGAAAUAUAUGUUUAGAAGAAUUGUGUAGAACAGUUUGUUCCUCAGAUAGUGGAUGCUCAAGUAAUGAACGAUGCGACAAGAGUGGGAUUUGUAAAUCAAUAUGUAGAAAAGAUGAUGAUUGCAAAAACGAUGAAAUUUGCGAAGGCCUAGUAUGUUUAAUAGGUUGCAGAGGUAAUUCAAAUUGCCCUCUUGAUAAAUCAUGCGUAAAUUACAAUUGUAUCGAUUUAUGUCAGUCCCCUACAGCUUGUGGAUUGAAUGCAAACUGUUCCACUGUUCUUCACCAAAAGCAAUGCAGAUGUGAAGGCCAACUGACUGGAAACCCACUAGAGAGUUGUAAAUACCCAACAAAAUCAUGUUCCAAUAAUACUGAGUGCUUCAAAAGUCAAACUUGUCAUGAUGGUAUUUGUCAUGGGACAUGUAGAACUGACCAUAACUGCUUGUCCGAUGAAAGGUGUAUCAAGGGGAUUUGCAAAACUAUUUGUAAUUCUGAUGAAUCUUGUAGAGCUCAUGAAAUAUGUGAAAACAGAAUUUGUAAAAUUGGAUGUAGAAGUGAUUCAGUAUGCUUGGCAGAUCAAGCCUGUAUCAACAAUGUAUGCCAAAAUCCUUGUGAAAAAAAUACGACAUGCGGUAUAUGUGCUGAGUGCUCCGUGAAAAAUCAUGUUUCCCAAUGCAGUUGCCCUGUAAACUUCUUGGGAAAUCCUUUAGUAUCAUGCACACAAGCAGCCACGAAAUGCAAUUCUAAAUGUGAAUGUGACGAAAUUGGUUACUGUACAAAAUCGUGUAAAUCAAUCUCCGACUGUGCCUGUGGAGAAAUGUGUGUGGGAGGAAAAUGCCGAAACAAAUGCAUAUCUCAAUCAUCUUGUGCCCAAGGUCAAAUUUGUUCACGAGGAGCUUGUCUUCCCGGAUGUAGAACCAACAAUGACUGUCCAAUUUCUGAAAUAUGCAAAAACAGGAAAUGUGUAAACCCUUGUAAAUCAGAAGGUUCUUGCGGUAAGAACGCAAUAUGUAAAGCUACAGAUCAUAGAAAAGUAUGCAUGUGUCCAGAUGGAUAUCAAGGUGAUCCAAUAGAUGCAUGCAAUCCUUUCGAGUGUAGGCAAGACCAAGAUUGUGAAUCUAACAAAAAAUGUGGUUCAGAUGGAGUAUGCAGAAAUCCUUGCUUGGAACAAGGGGUCUGUGGGCCCAACGCUCAGUGUCGUGUCUUAGACAGAAAACCUCUAUGCUCCUGUCCACCAGGAUUCAUUGGAAACGCGUACAUUGAGUGUAAGCAAGGAGUUAACAAAGGAUGUCUGCAAAACUCUUGCGGAGAUAAUGCAAAAUGCAUCCACGUACAAGGUGGUUACGAAUGUACUUGCCUUUCUGGUUGUCAUGGGGACGCUCAACGCGGAUGUGUUUGUGAUCACGAGUUGACAAAUAUAUGCAAAAAUAAAUUAUGUGGGGUUGGCGCCUUAUGCAGAAUAGUGAAUAUUAAGGAAGCACAAUGUUAUUGUCCAUCUGAUAAACCAUCUGGAGAUCCUACCAUUGAAUGUUCAUCUGAAAAAAGUCUGUCUGACUGCAGAACAGAAGGAUGUGGUAAGAACUCUGAAUGCAUUCGAGAACAGGCAUUUUUUGUUUGCCGUUGUUUACCAGGAUAUACUGGUGUGCCCGAAAAAGGUUGUGAAAGCGCUGCUGAAUGUAACACUGACUUAGAGUGUCCUCACGAAAAAGCAUGUAUCAACUUCCAAUGCGUAGACCCCUGUACUCUUAGAGGAGCUUGUGGAUUGAAUGCCCUUUGUGAAACACUACUUCACAGACCUCGAUGUUCUUGUCCGGAUUGUUAUGUUGGCUUGGCAAGUACAGCGUGUCAUCCAGAUCAGAACUGCCUCAACCCAAAUGGAGGGCCAACCACUCCUCCAUUAUGUAAGUCAGACUCGGACUGUGCUGAUUCCUUGGCAUGCGAAUCUUCAUCUGGAGAAUGUUAUGAUCCAUGUGAACACCCUUCAUUCAAAUGUAAAGGUAACAAAAAAUGUGAAGUGCAUCGUCAUAGACCUACUUGUGUUUGCAAAAGAGGAUUCGUAGUUAAUGAAUUUGGAGAAAUUUCUUGUGCUUCGGAUCAUAUAGAAUGUUAUGAAAACAAUAAUUGUCCUUCGAAUAAAGCCUGUAUAGAAGGAAUCUGUCAAAAUCCUUGCACAGUCACUCUUAGAUCUCCUUGUCCACCAGAAAAAGGCUGCGAUGUUGUGAACCAUAAACCAGUAUGCAUAUGUUUGAAAAAUUGCAGUCCUUCUUUGUCCAUAUGUCUGAGAGACAAUGGAUGUCCUCCGAACCAAGCUUGUAGAGCAUUUCGAUGUGAAGAUCCCUGCGAUUCAGCAAACUGUCCUGAAAAUACACCAUGUUAUGUAGAAGAUCACAAACCAAUAUGCAAGUUUUGUCCUCCAGGAUUCAAAUCGGAUGCUAAAUAUGGAUGCGUCAAAGAUGUAUUGUGCCACUCGCAUACAGACUGCCCAUCACAACAAGCAUGUGUAAAUAGAAAAUGCCAAAACCCUUGUGCUGUAUCAAACCCAUGCACUCAAUCUCAAGACUGUCAAGUACAAGACCAUCAGCCAGUUUGUGUGAAAGUUUGCCAAUGCCAGAGAAACGAAGACUGUAGGAAUCAAAAUUAUAAAUGUGACGGUUGCAAAUGUGUUCUUGAAGAACCAAGAGUGCCUCAAUGUCAACACUGCCCUCCAGGUAUUCCUUGUGACUCUUCAACAGGAGCGUGUCUAAAAGAUAUGGGUUCAACACCUGAAACACUAACAGAAACACAAACUGUGACCUAUUUACAAAUAACAAAUGCUACCUCUACUACCACUCUAACAUUUAAUGAGCCUGGAAAAGCCGAAACUACAGAGGAGUCUAUUACACCAUAUACAUCAGGACCUACUGAUUCAAUAGUACAUAUUACAGAAGAAAAUAACACAUUGUUCACAUCAAAACCCAUAUCAACAGAAAUGAGUACAGAGCCAUUUACAAGUGAGCUCAAAUCAUCAGAGAGUACAACACAAGGCAAAAUUUUGAUAUAUCCAUUCACCACUACUACUGAAAAAUAUAUAACAAUAACGCCUCUUUAUUUCGAAACUACGCAGACUGAAUCCUCGGUGAAAUUACCUACUCCGUCUACAAAGGAGACGCCUACGCCUACAAAGGAGACAUCCCCCGAACUAUUUAUAACAACAGAAGAAAUAGAAAAAUUGGAUCAAACUGAGGUUACCCUUAUGGAAAGAUCAACUUUUAUAGAAAAAUAUGUUCCGGAUCUUACAACAGAACGUCAUCUACAUCAAAUUGACGAAUCAUCAACGACUCAUGUCGAAACAAAUAUAUUAAAAGAAAACACAAUUUAUCAAUCUUCAGAAACUACAGAAACAUUGUCAAAUUCAGAGAAAACCCACCCCACACCAACGUAUGGCAAAACAGCGACAUUCUCAUUUCUUUCAACAGUAGAACAUGAAGAAACAAUAUCUACAACACAAACCACUGAACUUUCCACUUCAAAUUUGACGAUCACUACGGAAAGUCUCAAAAAUAUAGGCACAACGGAUACACAAAUCGAAGAAAAAACCCCUCAUGAAGCGAUAAUACCAACCGAUCAAACAAUCAAGAUCACAUCAGAUUCUUCAUCAUUACAAAGUGAGCCACCAGUAGAAACAACUACUUUGAAAUUUGAUGCUGGGAAAGAAAGUAUAUCGGAAAUUUCAAGGGAUAUCUCAGGAAAUGGAAAAUUUAUGACUCAAGAAGUUCCUGAAAAGAUCACUUCAACCUAUUCUACAGUGCUGACUGAGAGCUCCCAGCAAUCAACCUCAACUGCAACCACAUUGGGCAAUGGAAAUGUCAUACAAGCAAGUACACAAGUAACUACAAGUCCUCAGGAAGUAACAGUUUCAGUUAUGGGAAAUACAAUGGUCGAUAUUGACAAGCUACCAAAAACUUCUUCAGAAAAAACAACUACACUUGCUGGUGAACGAACUACUGAAACUCAAAAAAUAACAACUGAAAUACCUAGACUUUCAGGAAAGGUUACCGUUGAAAGUAUGGAGAUUUUCGGUUAUACGCCAACUUAUGAGACCACAAUCAGAAUUGGAGAAUUAGACGCUUCUACAAUGUUAAAUGAAAAUGUUACACAGGGGAUAAGUGAUGUUCCACCUAGUAGAAAAACCGAAGAGUUCAAUUCUACCACGGCCAUUAUUGAAGAAAAAACUACUCAAGAAACGCCUCAAAUCAUUUCAACAACGAAUGGAAUUGAAGAAUUUAACAAUCCAAAAUCGAAUUUUGUACCUGUUGACAAAUUUGACAGUUCAACAGUUCCUAGUUCUACCCAGCAUACUAAUCAACAGAACUCAUCACCGACAAAUAUAGAUGAGUACACAUUUACAACGUUGAAAUAUCCAAGUUCAACAAUUAUACCUGAAAAAUCCACUACGUCCAAUUUGAAAACCGAAUAUCCAAGGGAAACAACUCAAUCACAUCAUAUAUCGAGUACAAAUGAAAAUGAAGUGACUGCCGAUAUUAUUACGGCAAUAAUGCCAACAAAUGGAAUCAAUGAGCUCACUACAUUAGAAGCUCCACAAUCUGUUAACGAGAUAAUCACAUCCAUUCCAGAAUCUACGUCCAUGUUUUCUAAAAAAACAACUACUAUGAAGACAUUACUUCACACCAACACGACAACAGAUGAAAUAAACGAACUUACUACACUAGAAGUUCCAAAUUUAGUUAGCGAAUCAAUUUCAUCAACUUUUGAAUCAAGUUCUACUCUUUAUAAAGAAACAACUACUAUGGAGAAAGUACUUCAUGAUAGGUUGACAACAAAUGAACUGACUACAGUUGGUGAAAUAAUCGCACCCACUCCCGAAUCUACGUCCAUUUUUUCUAAAGAACCGUCUACUAUGGAUACAACACUUCACACCAAGUCGACAAAAAAUGGAAUUAACGAACCAACUAUAAUAACUCCUGAAACUUUCUCAACUUCUUCUGAAGAACCAUCUGCUACGGAAACAAUACUGUACGAUAGAUUGACAACAAAUCGUAUUGAUGAGCUAACUACAUUGGAAGUUCCACACCCAGUUAGCGAGAUAAUCAUAUCCACUCCAGAAUCUACGUCCAUUUUCACCAAAGAACCAUCUACUAUGAAGGCAAUACUUCACUCUAAGUCUACAACAAAUGAAAUUAACGAACUAACUACAUCAGAAGUUCCGAAUUCAGUUAGCGAGAUGUUCUCAUCAACUUCUGAAUCUACCUCUACUCUUUCUGAAGAAACAACUACUAAGGAGACAGUACUUCAAGAUAGGUUAACAACAAAUGGAAUGAAUGAGCAUAUUACAUUGAAAGCUCUAAACUCAGUUAGUGAUAUGAUCGCACCCACUCCGGAAUCUACGUCAAGUUUUUUCAAAGAAACAACUACUGUGGAAACAAUACUUCAAGAUAGUAUGACAACAAAUGGAAUUAUUGAGCUCACUACAUUGAAAGCUUCAAACUCGGUUAGUGAGAUAAUCGCACCUACUCCUGAAUCUACGACCAUUUUUCCUAAAGAAUCAUCUACUAUGGAAUCGAAACUUCACGCUAAGUCGACAACAAAGGGAAUUAACGAACUAACUACAUCAGAAGUUGCAAAUACAGUUAGCGAUUUAAUUUCAUCAACUACGGAAUCUUUCCCCACUCCUUCCAAAGAAACAUCCACUAUGGAGACAAUACUUCACGAAAAGUUGACAACAAAUGGAAUCAGUGGAAUAAUUACAUUGGAAACUACACAAUCAGUUGGUGGGAUAAUCACAUCCACUCCAGAAUCUACAUCUCUUUCUUCUGAGGAAGCAACUACUAUGGAAACAAUACUUCACGAUAGUAUAACAACAAAUGAAAUCAACAAGCUUACUACAUUGGAAGCUCCACACUCAGUUAGUGAGAUAAUUACAUCAACUCCAGAAUCUACAUCUCUUCCUUCUAAGGAAGCAACUACUAGUGAAUUAAUCACAUCACCUCCUGAAUCUAGCGAAACAACUACAAUACUUCACGAUAGGUUGACAACAAAAGGAACUAACGGCUUUACUACAUUGGAAGCUCCAUACUCACUCAGUGGAAUAAUCACAUCCACUACAGAAUCAACAUCACUUUCUUCUAAGGAAGCAACUACUAUGGAAACAAUACUUCACGAUAGUAUAACAACAAAUGAAAUCAACAAGCUCACUACAUUGGAAGCUCCACACUCGGUUAGUGAGAUAGUCACAUCAACUCCAGAAUCUACAUCUCUUCCUGCUAAGGAAGCAAUUACUAUGGAAACAAUACUUCAUGAUAGUAUAACAACAAAUGAAAUCAACAAGCUUACUACAUUGAAAGCUCCAAACUCAAUUGGUGAGAUAAUCACAUCAACACCAGAAUCUGCAUCUCUUCCUUCUAAACAAGCAACUACUAUGGAAACAAUACUUGACGAUAGUAUAACAACAAAUGAAAUCAACAAGCUCACUACAUUGGCAGCUCCACAUUCAAUUAGUGAGAUAAUUACAUCAACUCCAGAAUCUAAAUCUCUUCCUUCUAAGGCUACUAUGGAAACAAUACUUCACAAUAAAACAAUACUUCACGAUAGUAUGACAACAAAUGAAAUCAAGCUUACUACAUUGGAAGCUCCACACUCAGUUAGUGAGAUAAUCACAUCAUCUCCUGAAUCUAGCUCCUCUAUUUCUAGCGAAACAACUAUUAGGGAUAAGUUGACAACAAAAGAAACUAACGACUUUACUACAUUGGAAGCUCCAUACUCAGUUAGUGAAAAAAUCGCAUCCACUUCUAAAUAUACCUCCACUUUUUCAGAAGAACCUUCUACUAUGGAGACAAUAGUUCACGCUACUUUAACAACAAAUGAUAUCAACGAUCUGACUACAUUGGAAAUUCCCCACUCAAUUAGCGAGAUAAUCACAACAAAUACUGAGCCACAUUCUACCAUGAAAGUAGAGGCAAAAACUGAAUUUACGGAGUAUGUCACAACAGUAAGCCACACAAGUGCUAUUGAUACCUCAAUGAAACAAGACGUGUCAACAGAAUUUCCUUCAACAUUUAAGUUAAAUGGAGACACAUCAGUAAUCAGUACGACAAGCACAGAAUCGUUCGGCGAUUUAUCAACAACAGAAAAAAUUAUCUCACAUGAUAUCACACCACCAAUAACCAAUAUAAAAACAACAGAGGAAAGAGAAUCUAAUUCCAAAACAACAACUGAAUUUAUAAAUGAGGAAGUUUCAUGGUCUGCAAGCGAGGAGCCUUCUUUUAGAGGUCAACAGACUACCGAUAAAAUAAUCGUAUAUGAUACAACAACUGUUCCCUCCACUAUUAUUAGUGAAUCGUCCUCUAUAGUUGAUGGUGAAACAUCAACUACUUCAAAGACAGUGUCUGUACCAUCAACAAAUAAAUAUGCUGUAUUAACUUCAGAAAAGAGUGAAUCACAAAUUACAGAACACUAUACCACACAAUCAGAGGCACAACCUUCUGAAACAUCAACCAUAAGUGAAAAGUCUACAAUAUCGUACGACGGAAUGCGAACCACUUUAUUAAAUGAAGAAUCCGUAACGUUUACUACUUCUCGAAUUACGAUACCAGUAUAUACUAAUCAGCAAACUAUUGAUGAAAAGCGUAAAUCAACUGAAUCGGGAAUCACCAUUAUGAAUGGGAGUACUGAAGUUCACACUGACAUAACAACCACAGGAACGCCUAUAAUAAAUGAAAAUAGUUCAGUGAAAGAUCUUGAAAAAGAGGCUUCUACAAUCUUCAGAGAAAUUUCUAUCGCAUAUUCUCCAACAACUCAGCUGAGUUCAACGUCAAUUGUUUUUACUGAAACACCAAGUGAAAAGAAAACUACUGAUUAUAUGAGUGAAUCACCAAUGACUCAAACAGAAACUAUGGAGAAAAUUUCAUUAUCUACCAAAGAACAAUCAACAUCAAUAACGGAAACGUAUGAGGGAAAACAGAAAAUAACAGAGAGGCCUUAUAAUGUACAACCGAUUUCUGUUGAUAAUAUCAUUGAUAAAUCGAAUACCAACAGAAAAUCUUGUUCCUUCGAUUCAGAUUGUUCUGAUGUAGAGGUUUGUUUGGCGGAAAUCUGCGUGAAUGCAUGUAUGAUUGGAGGUUCUUGUGCACCAAACGCCGACUGUAUUGCUGUAAAACACACAGCGAAGUGCUCCUGUAAGCCACAUCACUAUGGAGAUCCACACAGGAAUUGUUUCCAAGAACCACCUAGUGAACGGGCACCUAAACCUUGCAAGUCUGAUUUGGACUGCCUCGAGUCAGAGGCUUGUUACUUGUCGUUAUGUCAGGAUCCUUGCGAAUUUACAAACGCUUGUGCAGAAACUGCUCGAUGUCAGGCAAAGAUGCACAGGCCAAUUUGUACUUGUCCAAUGGGAUACGAAGGAAACCCCGCAACUAAAUGCUUCCAAUCGCCUACAAUGAGUUGCACGAGAAAUGAAGACUGUUCAAUCACUGAGGCGUGCAUCGACAGAGCCUGCCAUAAGCCAUGUGAUAUUAGAAACCCAUGUGCAGAGCAUGCCGUUUGCAUUAAUACAAAUCAUGGAUCCGACUGCAGUUGCGAAGAAGGUUUCCAAGGAAACGGUUAUGUCGGCUGUGUGCCAGUGAUAGACUAUAAACCAGUAUGUCAGUAUAACGAAGAUUGCCCUCCAAAUAAAUUAUGCGACAGAUUGAACAGAAUUUGCAUAAACCCUUGUUUUGAAGACUCUUGCGGAGAAAAUGCCGAGUGUUUACCGAAAGAUCACGGGAUAGAAUGCCGGUGCUUACCAGGCUAUCAAGGAAAUCCGUAUACGGAAUGUGCUUCUGUCCAGGGAUGUAGGGCAAAUGAAGAAUGUCCUACACACGAGUCCUGUAUAAACAACCAGUGUGCCUCACCAUGCAAAUGUCCCGCUAACGCUAUUUGUGAAGUUAUUUACCAUGUUGCCAGUUGUAAGUGUCCUCCUGGUUAUGGAGGAGAUCCCCGAACUGGAUGUGAACCUCCUUCGAACCCAUGUGAUCCAAAUCCCUGUGGUAUAAAUGCUUUGUGUGAGCUUGACAACGGAAAUCCCAUAUGUUUCUGCCCGAAGGGACUAACAGGAAAUCCAUUCAAAAAUUGCAUCCCGGAAGGAGAUGAGUGUUCUCCAAAUCCUUGUGGUCCAAAUUCAGGAUGUAGAGUCGUUGGUGGUAAUGCAGUCUGUUUCUGCCUACCAGAAUAUGAAGGAACUCCACCACAAACUCCUUGUUCCUUACCAACAAAUCCAUGUGAACCUUCACCAUGUGGCCCGAAUACUCAGUGUGCAAUUUUGAGCAAUGGUUUUGCAAAAUGUACUUGUUUGCCCGGUUUCCUGGAGAGCCCAAAUACAAUUCGUGGAUGCAUAGAAGCAAGAAACCCAUGUGAUCCAAAUCCUUGCGGGCGAGGGGCGGAAUGUGAUCCUUCACAAGAACCAGUAUGUUCUUGCCCCACUGGAACCAUAGGAAAUCCAUUCAGAAAUUGUGCUGAACCACAAGUUACAUCAUUAUGUAGUCCAGGUCCGUGUGGAGCAAAUGCUGAUUGUUAUGUCACAGGAAACCAAGAACAAUGUUUCUGUAGGCAUGGAUUUAUCGGCAAUCCCUACUCUGGAUGUAGAUUGAAACCUUCAACACCCUGCUCACCAAAUCCGUGCGGACCUGGAGCUCAGUGUGUUAUAACAUCAGGUGGUAAUUCCAUGUGUCAAUGUCCAGAGGGCUUAGGUGGAGAUCCAACUGGUCCGGCUGGUUGUCAUGGGUUUGAAUGUGUUGUUGAUGAUAACUGCCCACUACAUCAGGCUUGUAUUGGAUACAGAUGCAAAGAUCCCUGUCCAGGAUCUUGUGGCGUGAAUGCAAAUUGUAAAAUUGAACAACACCAUCCAGUGUGUUCAUGCGAUUAUGGACUCACCGGUAAUCCAGUAAUUCGGUGUAUGUCUAUUUCAAGUUUGGUACCAAUGGAAGAUCCUUGCAUGCCAAGUCCUUGUGGUUCAAAUACUGUAUGUCAAAUCAUAUCAGAAAGAGCUGUUUGUUCAUGUUUACCUGAUUUUCAAGGUGAUCCACAAUUCGGUUGUCAUCCCGAAUGUAUUCUGAAUUCUGAUUGUCCGAUUAACAAAGCCUGUCUGGAUAGACACUGCUUAGAUCCAUGUAGCACAGGAAGUAUUUGUGGUGUAAAUGCAAUAUGUAAAGUCAGAGAUCAUACCGCCACCUGUAUUUGCCCUGAAGGUUUUAUGGGUGACCCUUUCUUCCAAUGUGUGUCUACACCUCCUGUGACUAUUCCCACAUAUCCCAAUACCACAACUCAACCCUGCUUACCAUCUCCCUGUGAAAAUAUGGAGUGCUAUAUUUAUGGAAGUCAAGUUGCUAUUUGUGAUCCAUGUCUAGGACCAGAAGCUCCUUAUGAUCCACAAUGUAGACCAGAAUGUUUAACGAACGCAGACUGUCCAUUUGAUAAAGCAUGUGUCGCAUUCUCGUGUGUAGAUCCUUGUCCAGGUUCUUGUGGUGUAAACGCUUUCUGCUCUGUUGUAUUACAUACUCCUGUAUGCAGUUGCCCACAAGGUCUUUUCGGCGAUCCAUUUCAACAUUGCUCUGCACCUUUAAGUAAGUAAGUGUAAUAUUCUUCAUAAAAAAUAAUGAUUCGCUAUUUUUCAGAACCAGAACCGCACAUUGAAACAUGCGAAAGUGUCCGGUGUGGUGCCAAUGCUAUUUGUAAACAAUCAAGUUCUUCUCUAACCUGUGUAUGUAAAUCCGGGUUCUUUGGAAACCCAUGGAUAGCCUGUCGUCCAGAAUGUGUUAUAAAUCCAGAUUGUCCUUUGAGCAAAGCAUGUAUAAAUAACAAAUGCAUAAAUCCUUGUUCAGGUGUAUGUGGAGUGGGUGCACAAUGUGAAGUGACAAAUCAUAUUCCAAUAUGUUACUGUCCUCCAAAAUCUACCGGAGACCCCUUCAUGAGUUGUUACGAAUUCAAACCACCCACAGAAAUAGUUCCAAGUCUGAAUCCAUGUGAUCCUUCCCCUUGUGGACCUUUCAGCAGAUGUUUAGUAUCACAUCAAGGGUACGCAACCUGUUCUUGUUUACCAGAUUAUCAAGGCAUUCCACCAGCUUGUAAACCUGAAUGUAUAAUCAGUUCAGAAUGUCCACAAAUAAAAGCAUGUGUUAACCAGAAAUGUGUUGAUCCUUGUGAUGGUACUUGUGGUCGUAAUGCAGUAUGUACCAUCAUCAAUCACAACCCAAUAUGCAGUUGUACUCCGGGGAAGCAGGGAGAUCCAUUCAUCAGUUGCUAUAGCACUCCAGUAUCUGAAGAACCUAAACAUAAGGGAAAUCCCUGUGAUCCAUCACCCUGCGGUCCAAAUUCCAUAUGUCAGGUGAAGGAAAAUCGACCAGUCUGUUCCUGUGUAUCGAAUUAUAUUGGAAGCCCACCCUACUGCAGACCAGAAUGUACAAUUAAUCAAGAAUGUCAAAAAGAUAAAGCUUGUAUUCAAGAUAAAUGUGUUAAUCCCUGUAUAGAAUUAUGUGGAAGUCAUGCAAGAUGUGAUGUUAUCAAUCACAAUCCUUUCUGUAGUUGUUUAGCUGGUUAUGAAGGAGAUGCUUUUAUUGGAUGUUCAAAAAUACCUGUCGUUGUAAGACCCAAAGAUCCUUGUUUUCCGAACCCAUGCGCUGAAAAUUCACAAUGUACAGUGAGUGCUGGCGUUGCUCGAUGUACUUGCAUACCACCAUACAUAGGAAAUCCUUAUGUUAGUGGUUGUAAACCUGAGUGCACCAUGAACUCGGAAUGUGCCAGUCAUCUUGCUUGUCUGUCACAACACUGCAGAGAUCCCUGUCAAGGUCUUUGUGGAAUCAAUGCCGAAUGUAGCGUAGUCAACCAUGUGCCCGUGUGUGCUUGUGGUAAAGGACUGAUGGGAGAUCCAUUUACAGCAUGUCGAGAACAGCCUAGAGAACCAUCUGUGAGUCCCUGCGAGCCAUCACCUUGCGGACCAAAUAGUGUAUGUCGUGUAAAACAUAAUGAAGCAGUUUGUUCCUGUCAGGUAGGCUACUUCGGUAUCCCUCCCUUAUGCAGACCAGAAUGCUUAGUUACAUCAGAGUGUAGUUUAGACAAAGCAUGCAUAAACCAAAAAUGUCAAGAUCCUUGUCCUGGAACAUGUGGAAUUGCAGCCAGAUGUCAGGUCAACAAUCAUAAUCCAAUAUGUAGCUGUCCUCCCAACUUUAGUGGAGAUCCGUUCACACAAUGUAUCAAAACAGUCAAGCCACCAACGUUGGUUUCUCCAUGUAUUCCAUCACCUUGUGGAGCAAAUGCUGAAUGCCGAAUAGUGGACAAUAGAGCUGUCUGUACCUGUCUACCAGAAAUGUUUGGAGUUCCGCCAAGUUGUCGCCCAGAAUGUUUGAUCGACCAGGAUUGUCCUCUUAAUUUGGCAUGUGUUGAAAGUAAAUGCAAAGAUCCUUGUUUUGGAUCUUGUGGAUUCAAUGCGCAAUGUUAUGUUAUUAAUCAUAGACCCAUAUGCAAUUGUCUAUCUGGUUUUGCCGGAGAUCCAUUUUCAGGAUGCAAUCGUAUUCCAGUUAUCACUGAUGAACCACGAAAUCCUUGUAAUCCUUCCCCUUGUGGUUCAAAUGCGAUAUGCACUGAAAGAAAUGGUGCUGGUGCAUGCAUAUGUAUUGAUGGAUAUCAUGGAGAUCCUUAUAGUGGAUGCAGACCCGAAUGUUUGACAAAUAAUGAUUGUGCGCAUGAUCGUGCAUGUUCAAAUAUGAAAUGUAGAAACCCUUGUAUAGGUAGCUGUGGACUUUAUGCAGAAUGUACCGUAAUUAAUCAUAAUCCCUCAUGUUAUUGCAUUGAAGGAUAUACAGGAGAUGCCUUAACAUUAUGCAGAAAAAUUGAAAACAUUAUUGUUGAAGAACCUCAGCGAAAUCCGUGCAUUCCAUCACCUUGUGGCCCUUAUAGCAUAUGCCGAAUACAAGAGGGCAGACCAGCUUGUUCUUGCUCGCCUGGUUCCAUAAAUUUUCCACCAAAUUGUAGACCGGAGUGUAUUGUGAAUUCAGAAUGUUCACUUGAUAAAGCGUGUCAGAAUCAAAAAUGUAAAGAUCCUUGUUACGGUACAUGUGGUUAUAAUGCUAUAUGUAAGGUGAUUAUGCAUAAUCCAAUAUGUAGUUGUCCUCCAGAUUAUAUAGGGGAUCCAUUUAGUCGGUGCUUGAAGGAAGAAAAACAAAUCAUAAAUGAAUUAUCACCGAACCCUUGUUCACCAUCACCUUGCGGACUUUUUUCCGAAUGCCAUACUUUAAAUAACCGACCAGUAUGUUCUUGUCUUGAAAAUUAUUUUGGUCAACCACCAAAUUGUAGACCAGAAUGUACGGUGAAUUCACAGUGCCAAUCAAAUAAAGCAUGUAUCAAUCAAAGAUGUCAGGAUCCGUGCCCUGGGUCAUGUGGAUCAUAUGCGGAAUGUCGAACUAUCAAUCAUAUACCAAUCUGCUACUGUUUAUCUGGUUAUACAGGAGAUCCUUUCUCGGGUUGUGAAAAACAUAUUCCAGCUCAGGAGAUUGUAAACGUUUGCAACCCUUCCCCUUGCGGAACAAAUGCAAUUUGUAGAGAAUCAAACGGCGCAGGAUCUUGCUCAUGUAUUGCCGAAUAUUUUGGCGACCCUUAUGUAGGUUGCAGACCUGAAUGUGUAAUGAAUUCCGAAUGUCCACGUGAUAAGUCAUGUGUCAAUAAUAAAUGCAAAGAUCCUUGCCCUGGAACAUGCGGUAUAAAUGCUGAUUGCCGUGUGAACAAUCAUAUUCCCAGCUGCCUUUGCUUGGUUGGCCAUACAGGGAAUCCAUUACGAUCUUGCCAUCCGAUACUUGAAACUCCUGUAAUCAAAGAGCCUACUGAUCCAUGUAGACCUUCACCGUGCGGGCCUUUCAGCCAAUGUAGGGUUGUGAAUCAACAUGCUGUUUGUUCUUGUUUAAAUAAUUAUAGUGGAUCUCCUCCAGUGUGUAGACCGGAGUGUACAGUGAGCACAGAUUGCUCUCAAGAUAAAGCCUGCAUCAAUCAAAAAUGUACUGACCCAUGUCCAGGAACUUGCGGAUUGAAUGCAAGAUGUCAUGUAACCAAUCAUAAUCCUAUAUGCAGUUGUUCACCUGGAGAAAUAGGAGAUCCUUUCAUUCGUUGCAUCAUGAAAGAAAAACGCCCAGUAGAAGAUGAAGCGAGGAAAGAUCCAUGUAUACCAUCCCCUUGCGGACUAUACUCACAAUGCAGAAUAAUAGGCCAACAGGCAGUAUGUUCAUGUUUGCCCAAUUAUAUUGGGAGAUCUCCAAAUUGUCGCCCUGAAUGUACUAUCAACGCUGAAUGUCCAGGAAAUUUAGCAUGUAUAAAUGAAAAAUGUAGAGAUCCAUGCAAAGGAUCGUGUGGACGAAGAACUACCUGUAUAAUUGUCAAUCAUUCACCAAAUUGUCUAUGUGAGUUAGGAUACACUGGAGAUCCUUUUGCAGGAUGUUCAAUUGUACCCUUACUUGAAGAACACCGAAAUCCAUGUAACCCAUCACCUUGUGGACCAAAUUCAAUAUGUAAAGAACAGAAUGGUGCAGGGUCGUGCACCUGUUUACCAGAAUAUUUUGGUGAUCCUUAUUCAGGCUGCAGACCAGAAUGUGUAACUAACACAGAUUGUUCAAGAAAUAAAGCAUGUGUGAAUAAUAAAUGUAAGGAUCCUUGUAUUGGAACCUGUGGGAUCAAUGCUGAUUGUAAAGUUUUCAAUCAUGCCCCAUCAUGUUUCUGUUUUGAAGGAUAUACAGGCAAUCCCACAAUAUCAUGCCAUCUUGCUCCACCCAUCCAAGAGGAAUCGGAAAAACAUCCCUGCCAGCCUUCACCUUGUGGUCCUUAUAGUCAAUGCAGGGUAGUGAACGGGCAUGCCGUGUGUUCUUGUCAAGUAAACUAUGUAGGUUCCCCGCCAAUGUGUAAACCUGAAUGUAUGAUCAGUGCUGAUUGUUCUUUGGACAAAGCAUGUAUCAAUUCAAAAUGUCAGGACCCUUGUCCAGGCACUUGCGGUUUGGAUGCCCGUUGUCAAAUAAUCAAUCACAAUCCAAUCUGUAGUUGUCCUCCAGAAUUUACCGGCGAUCCAUUUGUUAGAUGUUUGCAGGAAGAAAGAACUCCCGUGAUAGUUCCCAACGAAAAUCCCUGCCAGCCUUCUCCCUGUGGUCCUUACUCUCAAUGCAGAGUGAUUGGAAACACUCCGGCAUGUUCCUGUCUUCCAAAUUUCGUGGGUCGUGCGCCUAACUGCAGACCUGAAUGUCUUAUAAAUGCAGAGUGCUCUGGUAAUUUAGCUUGUCAAAGAGAAAGAUGCAGUGAUCCUUGCCCUGGAUCAUGUGGCGCUAACACCGACUGCGUCGUUAUCACACAUCGACCUGUAUGUUCUUGCAAACCAGGAUAUACUGGCGAUCCAUUCGCUAGUUGUAGUUCUAUACCAAUCAUUCAAUCUACCGAAGAACCUCCCUCUCCAUGCAAUCCUUCACCAUGUGGGGCAAACGCUAUAUGUAAGGAAAGAAAUGCUGUGGGUUCUUGUAUUUGCUUACCUGAAUAUGUUGGAGAUCCUUAUACAGGUUGUAGACCAGAAUGUGUAACAAACUCAGAUUGUUCAAGAAAACACGCAUGUGUUAAUAAUAAAUGCAAAGACCCCUGUCCAGGUACCUGCGGACUGAACUCAGAAUGUCGUGUUGUCAAUCACGCUCCUCUCUGCUACUGUAUAUCUGGAUUCAUUGGAAAUCCGCUGACUUCCUGUAGACUUCCACCUCUUGACGAACCGAAACGGGAUUCAUGUAUACCCUCGCCUUGUGGGCCUUAUAGUAACUGUAAAGAAAUUAAUGGCCAUGCAGUGUGCUCUUGUCAACCAAACUAUAUUGGAACCCCACCUUUGUGCAAACCGGAAUGCAUGGUUAGUUCUGAAUGUCAACAAAAUAAAGCAUGUAUAAAUAGUAGAUGCAACGACCCUUGCCCUGGAACAUGUGGGCUUAAUGCACGGUGUCAAGUUGUGAAUCACAAUCCUAUUUGCAGUUGUCCUCAAAAUUAUAUAGGUGAUCCUUUCGUGAGAUGUAUAUUGGAAGAAAAAAAAGCUGUUGAGGAACCCAGCGGUAACCCAUGCGUUCCUUCUCCUUGUGGACCAAACUCCCAAUGUAGAAUAAUAGGUGGUCAAGCUGCAUGCUCUUGUCUACCAAAUUAUAUCGGUAGAGCACCAAAUUGUAGACCAGAAUGCAUGAUAAAUGAAGAAUGUCCCGGGAAUUUGGCAUGUCAAAAUGAAAGGUGUAAAGAUCCUUGCCCCGGUUCUUGUGGGUCUUUCACAACUUGUACUGUAAUAAAGCAUGCCCCUGUAUGCCAAUGUAUAACUGGUUUUACUGGCGAUCCAUUCACAGGAUGUGCUACAAUACCGCCUUCUCCUCCUGUAACUGAAAGUCCUCCAAAUCCCUGCAACCCUUCACCAUGUGGCACUAAUGCCUUAUGCAAAGAACGAAAUGGUGCUGGAUCUUGCAGCUGCAUACCAGAAUACUUUGGAGAUCCUUAUACGGGUUGCAGGCCUGAAUGCGUUAUUAAUACAGAUUGUGAUCGUAGCAGAACAUGCUCUAAUAAUAAAUGUGUUGAUCCGUGCCCUGGCACAUGUGGUAUCAACGCUGAAUGUAGGGUUAUUAACCAUGUACCGUCAUGCACGUGUAUUAUAGGAUAUUCUGGUGAUCCAACAAAAACUUGUACAAUCAUUCGAGCUGUUGAAGAAAAACCUCAACAUCCUUGUGAGCCAUCACCAUGUGGUCCUUAUAGUCAAUGCCGUGAAGUUAACAAUCACGCUGUAUGUUCCUGCAACUCCGGUUAUAUUGGAUCACCACCUAUGUGUAGACCUGAAUGCUUAGGCAGCUCAGAAUGUUCACAGGAUAAAGCCUGUAUUUCUCAAAAAUGUAUUGAUCCAUGUCCUGGAACUUGUGGUAUAAACGCAAAUUGCAGAGUAAUCAACCACAAUACCAUUUGCAGCUGCUCACCAGGAUUUACGGGAGAACCGUUUAUACGUUGCUCUAAACUGGAAUUACUUCCACCUUCUAAAGACAUAGGCGACCCAUGUUUACCAUCACCAUGUGGACCUAACUCUCAAUGUCGAAUCAUUGGCACUCAACCUGCAUGUUCUUGUUUACCAAAUUUUAUCGGUCGACCUCCAAACUGCCGACCAGAAUGUAUGAACGACUUGGAAUGUCCUAAUAAUCUUGCAUGUAAAGCCGAUAAAUGUAAAGAUCCUUGUCCUGGAUCAUGCGGUAUUAAUGCCCAAUGUAGUGUAGUCAAUCAUAGCCCUGUUUGUUCUUGCCUACCUGGCUAUAAUGGUGAUCCAUUUAGAUCUUGUUCUUUACCCACAUUGACUACAGAACGAACUCCUCCAUCAUCGCCUUGUUUCCCUUCUCCAUGCGGCCCAAAUGCCGAAUGUCGCGAGAAAAAUGGUGCCGGUGCAUGUAUUUGUCCAAAAGGCUAUGAAGGGGAUCCAUACGAUAGCAAUAAAGGAUGCCAUCGAGAAUGCGAAGAAAACAUUGACUGUUCAUCACACUUGGCUUGUCUUGCAUAUAAAUGUAUAGAUCCCUGUGUUGGAACUUGUGGAAUAUCGGCUGAAUGUACAGUAAUCCAACAUGUUCCUACCUGUACUUGUCCACCAGGUUCCACUGGGGACCCAUUUUUCCAGUGUAAAGAAGUUAUUGCAGAAUUACCCAAAACUGAGAAUCCGUGUCAACCAUCUCCGUGUGGACCAAAUAGUCAAUGUAGGGAAGUCAACAAGCAAGCAGUUUGCUCUUGUGCUCCUUCUUAUAUUGGUGUACCUCCAAAUUGUCGACCAGAAUGUAUUGUCAGUUCAGAAUGUGCUUUGGAUCGAGCUUGUAUCAACCAGAAAUGUAGUGAUCCUUGUCCAAAUACCUGUGGUUUGGGAGCUCAGUGUACCAGCAAAAAUCAUAAUCCCAUAUGUGCUUGUCCUCCAGGCUUCACAGGAGAUCCAUUUUCAAGGUGUUCACCACAACCCAUUGUGGAAGAACCCCCGCAAACAGAAAGACCACCAUCAUGCUACCCUUCACCAUGCGGUCCUAAUGCUCAAUGUAAGAUGACACUAGACAGUCCAUCUUGUUCCUGCUUACCAAAUUUCAUCGGAUCUCCACCUAACUGUAGGCCAGAGUGUCUCUUAAGCACAGAAUGUAACAGUCAACUUGCCUGUAUAAAUCAGCAGUGUAAAGAUCCUUGUCCUGGAUCAUGUGGAAUUAAUGCUGGAUGCCAUGUUAUUAAUCAUCUACCAAUAUGUACUUGUUCCGAAGGCCAUACAGGUGAUCCAUUUACCCAAUGUAAUGUAAUCAUACCAAUCACUACACCACCACCACAAGUAGACCCUUGCUAUCCAUCACCAUGUGGACCAAAUGCUCAGUGCAACAAUGGCAUAUGUUCAUGCCUAACAGAUUUCAUUGGAAAUCCUUAUGAAUCUUGUAGGCCAGAAUGCAUCCUGAGCACAGAAUGUUCACGAGACAAAGCCUGUAUACGAAGCAAAUGUCGUGAUCCAUGCCCAGGAACUUGUGGACAAAACGCUCGUUGCGAUAUUAUCAAUCACAUUCCAACUUGUUCUUGUCCUGAUACAUUUACUGGAGAUCCAUUCACCAACUGCAGAAUGGUUGAACAAAUAUCAACAAUACCUCAAGAUCCUUGCCAGCUAUCACCAUGUGGGCCCAAUAGCCAGUGCAAAAAUAUCGACCAUCAUGCAGUUUGUUCAUGUCUUCAAGGAUAUCAAGGUAGCCCUCCAUCUUGUAGGCCUGAAUGUCUUGUUAGCGCCGAGUGUUCUUCGAACAGAGCAUGUAUCAAUAAAAAAUGUAUAGAUCCUUGUCCGGGCUCCUGCGGAGUGAAUGCACGUUGUGAAGUCCGAAACCAUAGUCCGAUUUGCAGCUGUCAAGAGGGUCAAACAGGUGAUCCAUUCCAAAGCUGCAGAGAAAUGCCAAAAGAAGCUCCUCCGCCAGUACAAACGAAUCCUUGUGAGCCAUCGCCUUGUGGUCCUAAUUCCCUAUGUAAAACAAGUGGAGAAACUCCAUCGUGUACCUGCCAGCUGGGUUACAUUGGUAAUCCUCCAAAUUGUCGACCAGAAUGUGUAAUAAAUACUGAUUGUCCGAGUUCUGAAGCAUGCAUAAACAACAAAUGCAAAGAUCCUUGUCCAGGUAGCUGCGGUGAUAAUGCAGAGUGUCGUGUAAUCACACAUACAGUUUCUUGUUCCUGUGCUACCGGUUUCACUGGUAAUCCAUUUGUUCAGUGUAUUGUUAUGGAAAAAGAAAUAUCUAAUCCUUGUGAACCUUCUCCUUGUGGAUCGAAUGCUGAAUGUAGACAAAGAAAUGGAGUUGGUGCUUGCAUUUGCAUAGAAAAUUAUCAAGGAAAUCCGUAUGAAGGUUGCCGACCAGAAUGUGUACUCAGCUCAGAUUGUGCUGCAAACACAGCUUGCAUCAGAAAUAAAUGUGCUGAUCCAUGUCCAUCUGUUUGUGGAGAAAAUGCAGAAUGUUCUGUGAUUAAUCAUAUUCCGGUGUGUACUUGCCUUUCAGGAUUCCAAGGAGAUCCAUUCGUUGUUUGUACUCCACUCCCUCCAAUACUCCCUACUGAGGCAACAGUGGCAGACCCGUGUAGCCAAAAUCCAUGUGGGCCUUACAGUCAAUGUCGAAAUGUAAACGACCAGGCUGUAUGCUCCUGUUUACCCGAAUACACCGGAUCACCUCCCAAUUGUAAGCCAGAAUGUAUUGUUAGUUCUGAAUGCCCACAAAAUCGUGCAUGCCACAAAUUCAAAUGCGCUAACCCAUGCAUAGGUACUUGUGGAAUUGGUGCUAGAUGUGAAGUCAUCAAUCAUAAUCCAAUCUGCAGCUGUAAUUCAGGAUUAACUGGUGAUCCUUUCACUAGAUGUUUUGAAUUACCACCAUCAGAUUUUCAUCCAACAGAAAAUCCUUGUAUUCCGUCACCUUGUGGACCAAAUUCUCAAUGCCGGGCAGUUGGAGAUCAACCAUCAUGUUCUUGUAAUGAAAAUUAUAUUGGAACUCCGCCUAGUUGUAGACCUGAAUGUUCUGUUAAUACCGAUUGUCCCUCCAACUUUGCUUGCAUAACGGAGAAAUGCAGAGAUCCUUGUCCAGGUUCGUGUGGAUUCAAUGCUGAAUGUAGGGUGCAGAAUCAUAUCCCUAUAUGUUCCUGCCUAGAAGGAUUCACGGGGGAUUCAUUUACUGAAUGUUCUAAAAUACAACCUCCAAAACAAGAAGAACCUACAGACCCUUGUGAAAAAGCUCCUUGUGGUCAAAAUGCUCAGUGCACGGAUGGUAUUUGUUCAUGUUUACCAUUAUAUCACGGUGAUCCCUAUUUUGGAUGUAGACCGGAAUGUACCAUGAAUACGGACUGUUCUCCAAGCAAAGCAUGCGUUAAUAUGAAAUGUAUUGAUCCAUGUCCAGGAACGUGUGGCCAAGGCGCUACAUGUGAUGUUAUAAAUCAUAUACCAACUUGCAGUUGCCCACUAGGUUUUGAAGGAGAUCCAUUCACUAACUGCAGACCCAUUAAAAAAAUUGAUCAAGUACGAAAUCCAUGUCAGCCAUCACCCUGCGGACCAAAUAGUGUGUGUAGAGUAAUUAAUGAGGUUGCAGUUUGCUCAUGUCAACCUGACGUAAUCGGAAGUCCUCCAUCGUGCCGCCCAGAGUGUGUAGUUAGUGCUGAAUGUCCUUUAACCAGAGCUUGUCUCCAUAAAAAAUGUGUAGAUCCAUGUCCAGGUACAUGUGGUGUGGGGGCUAAAUGUCAAGUAAUCAACCAUAAUCCAAUAUGUAGCUGCUUGGAGGGUAAUACAGGAGAUCCAUUCGUAAGGUGUUACAGUUUGCCAAAAGAAAAACCUGUUCCGAUAAAUCCGUGUGAUCCUAGUCCGUGCGGUCCAAACUCACACUGCCUGGUUCGAUUGGGCAGUCCUGCUUGUUCGUGUCUCGAAAAUUACGUCGGUAUACCGCCUAACUGUCGACCGGAGUGUACGAUAAAUCCUGAAUGUCCUAGUAGUCGCGCUUGCGUAAAUCAGAAGUGUCGCGAUCCGUGUCCAGGAAGCUGUGGUUCGAAUGCCAUUUGCAAUGUGAUAAAUCAGAGUCCAGUGUGUUCCUGUCGCUCUGGAUAUACUGGUGAUCCCUUCCAAGGCUGUGUAACUGCACCUGCCAUGUUGCCAGAACCUGAAAAUAUCAACCCGUGUAUACCAUCUCCUUGCGGAAUAAAUGCUCUUUGUAAAGAAAGAAAUGGAGCUGGUUCUUGUAUUUGUCUCCCUGAAUAUGUAGGUAAUCCCUAUGAUAAGUGCCGACCAGAAUGUGUUCAAAAUUCAGAUUGUCCAUCAACCAGAGCUUGUAUAAGAAAUAAAUGUACAGACCCAUGCCCCGGUACUUGUGGUCCACAAGCUUUCUGCCGCGUUAUCAACCACUCACCAUCUUGCACCUGUAUUGAGGGGUAUAUUGGAGAUCCAUUCAAAUACUGUAGCAUUCCUGCCCAAGAACCCGUGCGUGAUACAAUUGAUUCCAACCCUUGUCAACCAUCUCCAUGUGGACCAAACAGUGAAUGCAGAAAAAUAAAUAAUCAAGCUGUUUGCUCCUGUUCUCCCAACUAUAUAGGUAGCCCACCAGUAUGUAGACCAGAAUGUGUAGUGAGCACUGAAUGUAUUCCAAGUAAAGCAUGUAUCAACCAAAAGUGCGUCGAUCCUUGCCUUGGAACUUGCGGGCUCAAUUCAAAAUGCCAAGUUAUUAAUCACAGUCCCAUCUGUUCUUGCCAAAUACGAUACACAGGGGAUCCAUUCUUGAGGUGUUACCCAAUACCCCCACCGAUGCUCAUACCAGAAUCUAUAACUACACAACAACCCUGCAGUCCGUCACCCUGUGGACCCAAUUCCCAAUGUAAAGAUUCCGGUGGAUUUCCGUCUUGUACUUGUUUACCAGAAUUCAUAGGUAGUCCGCCAAAUUGCAGGCCUGAGUGUACAAUAAACCCAGAUUGUCCUAGCAGUUUGGCGUGUAUUCGACAAAAAUGCAUUGAUCCUUGUCCAGGAUCAUGUGGAGUAAAUGCUAACUGUUACGUAUUGAAUCAUAAUUCUAUUUGUACGUGUCCAGUAGAUUUUACAGGUGAUCCUUUCACAAAUUGUUAUGCUGAACAAAAAGACAUUGAACCAAUUAAAAAUUACGAUCCCUGCUACCCAUCUCCUUGUGGCCCGAAUGCUCUUUGCGACAAUGGUUUAUGUACUUGUUUAAAGGAAUAUCAUGGUGACCCAUACAGAGGUUGUAGACCAGAAUGUGUUUUGAAUUAUGACUGUCCAAAAAAUAAAGCAUGUUUGAAAAAUCGUUGCUUGGAUCCCUGUCACGGCACAUGUGCAAGUACUGCAAUCUGCCAAGUUAUAAAUCACAUACCAAUGUGCAGUUGCCCACCAGAUACUACAGGAAAUGCAUUUAUCACAUGCAGGGUAAUAAGAACCCCACCAGAACAAAAUCCUUGCAACCCAUCACCUUGUGGUCCAAAUAGUCAGUGCAGAGAAAUAAAUGGUCAGGCAGUGUGUUCAUGUGUAUCCAGUUAUAUAGGCAGCCCCCCAACUUGUAGGCCUGAAUGUGUAAUUAGUUCUGAGUGUUCUUUGCUACAAGCUUGUGUCAACCAAAAAUGCAUCAAUCCUUGUCCUGGAACGUGCGGGAUAAAUGCAAAAUGCCAAGUUAUAAAUCACAAUCCCAUAUGUUCUUGUCCUUCCAGUUUUAUAGGUGACCCAUUCACCAGAUGUAUUCCAAAACCCCUAGAGGAGCCUAUAAUAGUUUCCAAAAAUCCAUGUCUCCCAUCCCCGUGUGGACCAAACUCCAUUUGUAGGCAAACUGGUGAUUCGCCAUCAUGUUCUUGUUUGCCAGAAUAUGUUGGUGCUCCUCCCAAUUGCCGGCCAGAAUGUGUGACAAAUAGUGAAUGCUCAUUUGAAUUAGCAUGUAUCAACAGAAAAUGUGCCAAUCCUUGUCUCGGAAUUUGUGGGCAGAACACAGAUUGUAAAGUUAUUAGCCACACCCCGAACUGCAUAUGUGUGACUGGUUAUGAAGGAGAUCCAUUUAUACAAUGUUCAAAAAUUGAACGCCCUGCAGUCGAAAUAUCGAGGAAUCCGUGCAAUCCCUCUCCUUGCGGGUCUAAUGCGAUUUGUAAAGAUCGGAAUGGAGUUGGAGCUUGUGUUUGUUUGCCAGAUUAUCUUGGAAACCCUUAUGAAGGCUGCCGCCCAGAAUGCAUACUGAAUUCGGAUUGUCCAUCAAGCAAAGCAUGCAUAAGAAAUAAAUGCAUAGAUCCUUGCCCUGGUACAUGCGGCCAGAAUACGAAUUGUCAAGUAAUCAACCAUAUUCCGGCUUGUACUUGUAAUUCUGGAUACAGUGGAGAUCCAUUCAGAUAUUGCAGUAUCUCAUCUGAACCUCCCAGGGAAGUCAUUCAAAAUUCAUGUGAACCGUCUCCAUGUGGACCAAAUAGUCAAUGUCGCAUUGUCAAUGAUCAAACAGUCUGCUCAUGUUUACCCAAUUAUACCGGUACUCCUCCGGAUUGUAGGCCAGAAUGCACAGUCAGUUCCGAAUGUGCACAAAAUAAGGCGUGUGUUAAUCAAAAAUGUAUUGAUCCUUGUUCAGGAACCUGUGGUUUGAAAUCUGAAUGCAGAGUAAUAAAUCAUAGCCCUAUUUGUAGCUGUCUUGGAGGUUUCACAGGAAACCCAUUUACCAGGUGCCUUCCCAUAAUAGGUAAGAUCAAAUAUUCCUUAUCAAAUGUUUUUCUACGAUGUAUAUUUCCCAUAGUUCAUGAGCAAGAAAUCGUUCCCAUAGUAACUGAUCCUUGUGUACCAUCGCCUUGUGGUCCGUACAGUUUAUGUAGAGAUUUCAUGGGAUCACCAUCUUGUUCGUGUGCAGAUAACUAUAUUGGAAGUCCACCAAAUUGUAGACCUGAAUGUACAAUCAAUGCCGAUUGCGCUAGUAACUUGGCAUGUAUUCGAGAAAAAUGUCGGGAUCCUUGCCCAGGUUCGUGUGGAACCGAAGCGCAAUGUAAUGUUGUUUCUCAUACGCCAAUGUGUACUUGCCCAGAAGGAUUCACUGGAGAUCCUUUCAACUAUUGUCUAGUGAUGCCACAAGAAAUUGAACCAGUAAUAAACGAUCCAUGCAAUCCGAGCCCAUGUGGUCCAAAUAGCCUCUGUAAAGAAGGAACUUGUAGCUGUUUGCCAGAAUAUAAUGGCGAUCCUUACAGAGGAUGUAGACCUGAAUGUGUUUUGAACAGUGAUUGUUCCAAAAAUAUGGCAUGUAUGAGAAAUAAAUGUGUGGAUCCUUGUCCAGGAACCUGUGGAUUGAAUGCCGUGUGUACUACUUUCAAUCAUAUUCCUAUGUGCACGUGUCUUGAAGGUUACAAAGGAAAUGCUUUCGUUAUGUGUAAACCUAUUCCAGACGAUUUACCUAAAAAUCCAUGCAAUCCAAGUCCUUGCGGACCGAAUAGUCAAUGUAAAGGAAUGAAUGGCCAAGCUGUUUGUUCUUGUGUAUUGGGUUAUAUUGGUAGUCCUCCUACCUGUAGACCUGAAUGUAUUACAAAUAUGGAAUGUCGUCUCGAUCAGGCAUGUGUAAAUCAAAAAUGUAUUGAUCCCUGUCCAGGAACUUGUGGUUUGAAUGCCAAGUGCCAAGUAGUCAAUCAUAAUCCAAUAUGCUCGUGUCCAAUCAAAUAUACCGGAGAUCCAUUCACAAGAUGUUUAGAAAUACAUGCGGAGCCAGUGAGUGACGUUCCCAUUAAUCCAUGUCAACCUUCUCCUUGUGGCCCAAAUGCGGAAUGUAGAGUAACUGGAGAUUCUCCAUCUUGCUCUUGUCUGGCAGAUUUCAUUGGGACACCACCAAAUUGCCGUCCAGAGUGCAUUAGUAAUACUGAAUGUUCCAUGCAUUUGGCAUGUAUCAACAAAAGGUGUAAGGAUCCUUGUCCAGGUAUUUGUGGUUUAAAUGCAGAAUGUCGAGUAGUUAGCCACACACCAAAUUGUGUCUGUUCGCCUGGAUACUUUGGAGAUCCAUUCAGUCAGUGCAAUAGUCAAGAUCCCGUGAGAGAAGUUUUGAAUCCCUGCCAACCUUCACCUUGUGGAGUGAACGCAGUGUGUAAAGAGAAAAAUUUUGCGGGAUCAUGCGUUUGUGCACCAGAAUACAUCGGCAACCCAUAUGAGGAAUGUAGACCUGAAUGUUCAAUAAACUCAGAUUGUCCUUCAAAUAAAGCAUGUGUGAGGAACAAAUGUCAAGAUCCUUGUCCAGGAGCGUGUUCACCAAACGCCAAUUGUCAAGUUUUAAACCAUUUACCUGCAUGUACAUGUAUUAUUGGAUACACGGGAGACCCGUUUCGAUAUUGUUAUUUAGUUGUUGAAAAACCUGAAAAUGAAAAAUCUCAAAACCCAUGUUUUCCAUCACCAUGUGGCCCAAACAGUCAAUGUCGUGAAAUUAACAGCCAAGCAGUUUGUUCGUGUCUCCCUAAUUAUAUAGGUAGCCCACCAGGUUGCCGACCCGAAUGUACAGUCAGCUCAGAAUGUACAAUGGAAACAUCCUGCGUUAAUCACAAAUGUAUUGACCCAUGUCCAGGAGUCUGUGGAGUAAAUACACAUUGUCACGUUAUCAAACAUAGUCCCAUUUGUAGCUGUCAAGACGGAUACACCGGAGAUCCGUUCACAAAAUGUUUCCGUAUACCUCCUCCACGACCAAAACCAAUUAUUGAGGCAACCUUGACUCCUUGCAUUCCAUCUCCAUGUGGUCCUAAUUCACAAUGUAGGGAAAUAGGAAACUCUCCUGCGUGUUCUUGUUUGCCAGAAUUUCUUGGGAGUCCACCAAAUUGCAGGCCAGAAUGUAGUAUCAGUUCUGAUUGUACAAGUAAUCUGGCAUGUAUUCGUAAUAAAUGCACAGAUCCAUGUCCAGGCUCUUGUGGAGCAGGAGCUCAAUGUACAGUUUUCAGCCAUACUCCAAUUUGUUCCUGUCCUGAUGGAUAUACUGGUGAUCCAUUCAGUUUCUGUCAGUUGAAACCUCCAACAGGUACUAAUGUUUUUAUUUCGAUGAAUAUUCAAAGUAAUCUAUCCGAUCUUCUUUUAGCUGUAGAGCCUGAAGAAACUGAUCCUUGCACUCCUUCACCUUGCGGUGUAAAUGCAAAAUGUGAAAAUGGAAUAUGCUCAUGUUUAAAUGAAUAUCAAGGCGAUCCUUAUCGGGGUUGCAGACCAGAAUGUGUACUGAGUUCCGAUUGUUCCAGAGAUAAAUCUUGUAUUAAUAAUAAAUGCAAAGAUCCAUGUCCUGGUAUAUGUGGUCAGAAUGCGGUAUGCAAUGUCAUCAAUCACAUUCCGAUGUGUUCCUGCCUUGAAAAAUAUGAAGGCAAUGCUUUCUUGGGUUGUUUACCAAUUAGAGUCGAAAUGAAGGACAAUCCAUGCCAUCCAUCACCGUGUGGUCCCAAUAGCCGAUGUAGAGAAAUAAAUGGUCAGGCCGUUUGUUCAUGUGUACCAGGAUAUAUUGGAAGUCCUCCAAUAUGCAGACCCGAGUGUGUAACUAGUCAGGAGUGUUCUCUAAGUCAGUCUUGUUUGAAUCAAAAGUGUAUAGAUCCAUGUACAGGAACGUGUGGUAUUCAUGCCAAUUGUCAAGUGGUUAAUCAUAAUCCCAUAUGUUCCUGCCCGGAACGAUUUUCAGGGGAUCCUUUUAUCAGAUGUUCACCAUUCCAAGAACCAGUUAUUCAGGAAAAUCCCUGCCAGCCUUCACCUUGCGGUGCAAACGCUCAAUGUAAACCCAUAGGAGAUAGUCCAUCUUGUUCGUGUCUUCCUAAUUUCGUAGGGUCGCCACCUCAUUGUAGACCGGAAUGCGUCAGUAAUAAUGAAUGUGCUAAUAAUCUAGCCUGUAUCAAUCUGAAAUGUACAGAUCCUUGUCCUGGAAUUUGCGGGAAAAACGCAGAAUGUAGAGUCAUAAGUCAUACUCCAAAUUGUUUCUGUAUUUUGGAUUAUCAAGGUGAUCCAUUCAGGGAAUGUUUUUCACGACCAACUCAAAUGAUUCAAGAGCACAUAUCUCCUUGUUCGCCGUCACCUUGUGGCGCAAAUGCCCAAUGUAAAGAACAAGCUGGUGCUGGAUCUUGUACAUGUUUCACAGACUAUAUUGGAAAUCCAUAUGAAGGUUGUAGACCUGAGUGCGUGCUCAGCUCAGAUUGUUCCUAUAAUCAGGCUUGCAUCAAAAAUAAAUGUCAAGAUCCCUGUCCUGGAACUUGUGGUCAGAAUGCAAAUUGCCAAGUCGUUAACCAUUUACCGUCAUGCACAUGCAUUGCCGGUUACACUGGUGAUCCUUUCAAAUACUGCAAUUUACUCUCUCAACAACCCAUACGAGAUGAAAUCACCUCAGUUCCUUGUCAGCCAAGUCCUUGUGGGCCAAACAGCAAAUGUCGUGAUAUAAACGGUCAAUCAGUGUGCUCGUGCCUACCAAAUUAUAUAGGCAGUCCACCAGGAUGUAGGCCAGAAUGUACGGUCAGUGCUGAAUGUCCUCAAACAAAGGCAUGUGUGAAUCAAAAAUGUAAGGAUCCUUGUCCAGGAACAUGUGGUGUGAAUGCUAACUGUCAAGUAAUAAACCACAGUCCAAUUUGCAGUUGUAAAUCGGUAUUUACAGGGGAUCCAUUCACGAGAUGCUACCUAAUGCCUAUACCUCUGCCUUCCGUUACGAUAGUCCCAACAAAUCCCUGUGUUCCUUCGCCGUGUGGUCCAAAUAGUCAAUGUAGAGAUAUUGGUGGAAUACCAUCGUGUUCGUGUUUGCCAAAUUAUUCUGGAAGUCCACCAAAUUGUAGACCAGAAUGUUCUAUAAAUAGCGAAUGUUCCAGUAAUUUGGCUUGCAUAAGAGAAAAAUGCAGAGAUCCUUGUCCUGGUUCAUGCGGAUCAAGUGCUUUAUGUGCAGUUAUCAAUCACACUCCAGUUUGUUCUUGUCCAGAAGAAUAUACUGGAGAUCCAUUUACAUACUGUCAGCCGAAACCACAAGAAACGGAACCUAUAAAUGAAGAUCCAUGCAAUCCGUCACCUUGUGGUCCAAACACCGAAUGUGACAAUGGAAUAUGUACUUGUUUAGAAGAAUACUAUGGAGAUCCCUACAGUGGUUGUAGACCGGAAUGUCUACUGAAUAAUGACUGUUCACGAGACAAGGCAUGUCUGAAAAAUAAAUGCCAAAACCCAUGCGCUGGCACCUGUGGCCAGAACGCAGAAUGCAGUGUUAUUAAUCAUAUACCAAUGUGUUCUUGUAUAGAGGGCUACAGCGGAAAUGCGUUCGUAUCAUGCAGAAAAAUCGAACAUCCACCACCUCAAAACCCCUGUUCUCCAUCUCCAUGUGGACCGAAUAGUCAGUGUAAAGGAAUCAACGGCCAGGCAAUUUGUUCUUGCGUACCUGGAUUUAUUGGUAGUCCUCCAACUUGUAGGCCAGAAUGCAUAACAAGUUCUGAAUGCUCUCUCAACGAAGCAUGUCUUAACCAAAAAUGCAUAAAUCCUUGUCUUGGAUCAUGUGGUGUAGGAGCGCACUGUCAAGUGGUGAAUCAUAACCCUAUAUGUAGUUGUCCAAUAAAAUUUACUGGUGAUCCAUUUACUAGAUGCCUGCUAAUACAAGAAGAACAACCUGUAAUCGUAACAAAUCCUUGUCAACCAACUCCUUGCGGUCCGAAUUCUCAAUGUAAAGAAAUUAAUGGCUCUCCAUCAUGUUCCUGUCUACCAGAAACUAUAGGAUCUCCUCCCAAUUGUAGGCCAGAAUGUAUUAGCAACGGCGAGUGUGCCAACCACUUAGCAUGUAUUAACCAGAAGUGCAAAGAUCCUUGUCUAAAUACUUGUGGGCUCAACUCUGAAUGUAGAGUAAUUAGUCAUACACCAAAUUGUAUAUGUUUAAUAGGAUUUGUUGGGGAUCCAUUUAGUCACUGUAUGCCGGAGACACCUCUUAAAAAUGAAAUAUUAUCUCCUUGUUCUCCAUCCCCUUGUGGAUCAAACGCACAAUGUAGAGAACAAAAUGGCGCUGGUGCUUGUAUAUGCUUACCAGAUUACUUAGGUAACCCUUACGAAGGUUGCCGGCCGGAAUGUGUUCUGAACACAGAUUGUUCGUACGAUAAGGCCUGCGUUAACCACAAAUGUAUAGACCCCUGUCCUGGGACCUGCGGAAUGAAUGCCCUCUGCCAAGUAGUAAAUCACAUACCGUCUUGUACAUGCAUGACUGAAUACACUGGAAACCCGUUUAAAUACUGUACUUUCAUUAAACCAACUCUUGCAGAAGAACCAUAUAACGUAUGUCAACCAUCUCCCUGUGGGGCAAACAGUCAAUGUAGGGAGAUAAAUAAUCAAGCUGUAUGUUCUUGUUUGCCAAACUAUAUUGGAAUACCACCAGGUUGUAAACCAGAAUGCGUUAUUAAUAGUGAAUGUACUCCUAACAAAGCUUGUGUUAAUCAGAAAUGUAUUGAUCCAUGUUCUGGGACUUGUGGAAAAAACACAAACUGUAGAGUGAUUAACCACAGUCCUAUAUGUUCCUGUCAGCCAGGAAAAACAGGAAAUCCAUUCACUAGAUGUACUUCAAUACCACCACUGGAACCGUCAUACAAACCAACUGUUUUUCAUCCAUGCCAACCUUCUCCUUGUGGACCAAAUAGUGAAUGUCGAGAGGUGAAUGGUUUGCCAUCUUGCUCCUGUGCUUCAACAUUCAAAGGACACCCUCCUAAUUGCCGACCCGAAUGUUCUAUCAAUUCAGAAUGUCUCAGCAAUUUAGCGUGCAUAGAAGAAAAAUGUAGAAAUCCUUGCAUAGGUGCAUGUGGUGUAAAUGGCAAAUGCAGUGUUUUUAAUCAUACUCCAAUGUGUACUUGUCCGGAAGGGUAUACUGGAGAUCCCUUCAGUUCUUGCUAUUUUAAACCUAUUGAUCAAACACCCGUAAAAGAUGAUCCUUGUAAUCCAUUCCCAUGUGGGUCAAAUGCACAAUGUGACGAUGGCAUUUGUACAUGUUUACAUGAAUAUCAUGGAGAUCCUUACGCAGGAUGUAGGCCUGAAUGUGUUUUAAGCAAUGAAUGUCCAAGAGAGAAGGCUUGUGUAAAAAAUAAAUGCAUUGAUCCUUGUCAAGGAAUAUGUGGUCAAAAUGCCCAAUGCAAUAUAUUCAACCACAUUCCAAUGUGUUCUUGUCCUUUGGGUUACACAGGAAGUGCAUUCGUUCAAUGCUCAAAAAUUCAAGAACCGAUUAUGAGAAAUCCCUGUAGCCCAACCCCAUGUGGACCUAAUAGCCAAUGCAAGGAAGUAAAUCAACAAGCAGUAUGCUCAUGUUUAUUGGGUUAUAUUGGUAGUCCACCAACUUGUAGACCAGAAUGUGUUUCUAGUUCAGAAUGCCCCCUUAAUGAAGCAUGUGUCAAUCAGAAAUGUAUAGAUCCUUGUCCAGGUACAUGUGGAAUAAAUGCAAAAUGUCAAACAGUGAAUCAUAAUCCUAUAUGUAGUUGCCCGGUUAGAUUCUCCGGUGACCCAUUCUCGAGAUGUUAUGUUUUCGAACCUGUUGAAGAUUCAUCUGAUCCAUGUCAGCCGUCACCUUGUGGCCCAAAUGCACAAUGCAGAGUAACAAACGGGUCUCCUUCCUGCACUUGUCUAGAAGGAUUCGUUGGAUUUUCACCUAAUUGUAGACCAGAAUGUGUCAGUAAUAGUGAAUGUGCUAGUCAAUUAGCUUGCAUUAACCAAAAAUGUAGGGAUCCCUGUCCUGGAACUUGUGGCCAGAAUGCAAAUUGUAAAGUUGUUAGUCAUACGCCAAUUUGCGUUUGCACAGUGGGUUUUACCGGUGACCCAUUCCUCAUUUGUAAUGUGAUACAAAUCCUACGUCCAGUCGAGAAUGUAUCUCCUUGCAUUCCAUCACCCUGCGGUGCUAACGCACAAUGUAAAGUAAAACUUGGAGCAGGAGCGUGUAUAUGUCUGCCAGAUUACAUCGGAAAUCCGUAUGAAGGCUGUAGACCAGAAUGUAUUUUGAAUUCAGACUGCCCUUCAAACAAAGCUUGUGUAAGAAGUAAGUGUACGGAUCCUUGCCCUGGCACUUGUGGCCACGGAGCAAGUUGUCAAGUUAUCAAUCACUUGCCGUCGUGUACCUGUCUGGAAGGGUUAACAGGAGAUCCAUUUACCCAUUGUACUUUUCCAAUUCAAGAAAAACCAUUGGAGGAUGACGUUUCUAGUAACCCGUGUCAUCAUUCACCUUGUGGCCCAAAUAGCCAGUGUCGCGAAAUUAAUCAGCAGGCAGUGUGCUCGUGCCUACCAAAUUACGUUGGAAGCCCUCCUGGGUGUAGGCCAGAGUGUACAGUCAGUUCAGAGUGUUCUCGAAACCAAGCUUGCCUUAACAAGAAAUGUACAGACCCUUGUCCUGGAACAUGUGGUCAAAAUACAGAAUGCCAAGUAAUGAAUCAUAGUCCAAUUUGCAGCUGUCGAGAAAAUUACAGUGGAGAUCCAUUCACUAGAUGUUUCCACAUACCAACACCGCCACCAACACAACCCAUCGAGUUAGUAAGAGAUCCUUGUUUUCCAUCACCAUGCGGCCCAAAUUCGCAAUGUAUUAACCUAGGUGGUUCUCAUUUUUGUUCUUGUUUACAAAAUUUUGUUGGCAGCCCUCCAAAUUGCCGGCCAGAAUGUUCCAUCAAUUCUGAAUGUCCCAGUAAUUUGGCAUGUAUCAUAAAUAAAUGUAAAGAUCCAUGUACUGGAUCUUGUGGUUCAUUUUCAUCUUGUACUGUGACUAAUCAUAUACCAAUUUGUACUUGCAUUGAAGGAUAUACUGGAGAUCCGUUCACAUACUGUCAACCAAAGCCACCUAUAUCAACAAUUCAGGCAGAUAUAGAUCCAUGCAGCAGGUCACCUUGCGGAUUCAAUGCACAUUGUGAAGAAGGUGUAUGCACAUGUCUGCCAGAUUAUCAGGGAGAUCCUUAUAGAGGCUGUAGACCAGAAUGUGUCCUCAAUAAUGAUUGUCCCAAAAUCAAAGCAUGUGUGAGGAAUAAGUGUAUUGAUCCUUGUCCUGGAACUUGUGGACAAAAUGCUGAAUGUUCAGUACUCAAUCAUAUUCCUAUGUGUACAUGCCUUCCAGGAUAUAUAGGAAAUGCAUUCAUAUUAUGUAAUCGGGUAGUAUCUGAAAUUAUUAAUGUUUGCAAUCCAUCACCAUGUGGUCCAAACAGCCAGUGUAGAGAAAUAAAUAGUCAAGCAGUAUGCUCCUGUGUAGUAGGGUUCAUCGGAAGUCCACCAUCUUGUAGACCCGAAUGUAUUACCAGUUCUGAAUGUUCAAUAGAUCGGGCAUGUGUUAAUCAGAAAUGUGAAAACCCAUGUUUGGGUACUUGUGGCUUGGGAGCUCAAUGCCAAGUUGUGAAUCAUAACCCUAUAUGCAGCUGUCCUGUAAGAUACUCUGGAGAUCCAUUCAUAAGAUGCUAUCCAAGGCCAUUACAAGACCCAGUCGUGGUAGACCCUUGCAAUCCAUCACCAUGCGGCCCAAAUUCACAGUGUAAAGAAGUAAACGAUUCACCAUCAUGUUCUUGUUUAGAGCAAUUCAUUGGCUCUCCUCCGAAUUGUCGGCCAGAGUGUGUUAGUAAUAGCGAAUGCUCAAAUCAUCUGGCUUGCAUCAAUCAGAAAUGUAAAGACCCGUGUCCAGGAGUCUGUGGUCAAAAUGCAGAAUGCAAAGUUGUCAGUCAUACACCCAACUGCAUUUGUUUGUUCAAUUAUAUUGGUAACCCAUUCAUUGAGUGCCAGCCGAGACCAAUUCCCCCUGUUCCGGAGAUCACGAGACCUUGUUCACCUUCUCCUUGUGGUCCCAAUGCCCAGUGUAGGGAACAAAAUAAUGCAGGAGCCUGUACGUGUCUACCCGACUUCAUUGGAAAUCCUUAUGAGGGAUGUAGACCUGAAUGUAGUGUUAAUUCAGAUUGUAUUUCAAGCAAGGCUUGUAUAAGAAAUAAAUGUAGGGAUCCUUGUCCCGGAAUCUGCGCACAAAAUGCCGAUUGUCAUGUAUUGAAUCAUCUUCCAAUAUGUACUUGUGAUGAUGGAUAUACAGGAGACCCAUUUACUUAUUGUAAUUUAUUAGUUCAUGACCGUAAGUAGAUAUAGGUCAUACCAUACAAACCAUAAUGCAAGUUUCGUUCAAUUUUAGCGAUUAAAAACAACACGAUAUACAAUCCCUGUCAAACAUCGCCUUGUGGUCCAUACAGUCUUUGCAAAGAAGUGAAUAAUCAGGCUGUUUGUACAUGUUUACCUAAUUACAGCGGAAGUCCACCGGAUUGUAGACCAGAAUGUAUUAUCAGCGGAGAAUGUCCCCAAAAUAAAGCUUGUGUUAAUCAAAAAUGUAUCGAUCCAUGUGUCGGAUCUUGUGGUUCUAACGCUGAUUGUAAAGUAAUCAAUCAUAGUCCGAUUUGUAGCUGUAGAUAUGAAUUCACAGGAGAUCCAUUUUCUAGAUGCUAUUCUCUACCACCCCCACAAGCUAUUCAAAACCAAAACCCCUAUGAAAAUUCAUGUGUGCCAUCACCUUGUGGACCGAAUAGUCAAUGUAGGGAAAUAGGGAUGACCCCAUCAUGCUCAUGUUUACCAAAUUAUUUCGGAAGCCCACCUAAUUGUAGACCUGAAUGUAUAGUAAAUUCGGAUUGCCCCAGUAACCUAGCGUGCAUUCGAGAAAAUUGUAAAGAUCCUUGCCCUGGUUCUUGUGGCUCGGCUGCUUUUUGUAGCGUUAUUAAUCAUAUACCAAUUUGUUCCUGUCCUGAGGGAUAUACUGGUGACCCGUUCAGUUUUUGUCAACCCAAACCUCCAACACUGGAAGAACCGUUAGAAAGUGAUCCCUGUAACCCGUCGCCGUGUGGAGCAAACACCCGAUGUGAUGAAGGCAUUUGCACGUGUUUACCAGAAUAUCAUGGUGAUCCUCUUAGGGGAUGUAGACCAGAGUGUGUUUUGAAUAAUGAUUGUCCUAGAGACAAAACUUGUCUCAGGAAUAAAUGCGUUAAUCCCUGCAUAAAUACAUGUGGACAGAAUGCAGAAUGUUCUGUCAGUAACCAUAUAGCUAUAUGUUCUUGCCUUCCAGGUUUUCAAGGCAAUGCGUUCGUACAUUGUUCAAAAUUACCAGCUUCUAUUGUGACGAACCCAUGUAUUCCCUCACCUUGUGGUCCAAACAGUCAGUGUAAACAAGUAAAUGGACAAGCAGUGUGUUCUUGUGUACCAGGAUUUAUAGGAAGCCCUCCACUCUGUAGACCAGAAUGUAUUUCAAGUUCAGAAUGCCGACUUAAUGAGGCGUGUUUCAAUCAGAAAUGCAUUAACCCUUGUGCUGGAACCUGUGGUAUUGACGCUCUCUGUCAAGUAGUCAAUCACAACCCGAUUUGUAGUUGCCCAUCUAGAUUAUCAGGUGACCCUUUCUUCAGAUGUUCCCUGAUAAUACAACAACCAACAAUAUCAGAUAACCCCUGUGAACCAUCGCCAUGUGGUUCUAACGCGGAGUGUAGAGUGAUAGGAGAUCAGCCAUCCUGCUCUUGUCUUGACAGUUUUAUUGGUUCACCGCCCAAUUGUAGACCUGAAUGUAUCAGUAAUAGUGAAUGUGCUAGCCACCUUGCUUGCAUCAAUCAAAAAUGUAAAGAUCCAUGUCCUGGCGUGUGUGGACAAAAUGCGGAAUGCCGUGCUAUUAGUCAUACACCCAACUGCGUUUGUAUCUCAGGUUACAUAGGAGAUCCCUUUUCUCGUUGCUCUAUACCACCAUCUCCACCCCCUGAAAAUAUUUCACCCUGUACCCCAUCACCGUGUGGAGCUAAUGCUUUAUGUAGAGAACAAAACAAUGCAGGUUCGUGUAUAUGCUUACCAGAAUAUAUUGGCAAUCCUUAUGAGGGAUGCAGGCCUGAAUGUAUCCUCAAUUCGGAUUGUUCUUCUGAUAAAGCAUGUGUGAGAAAUAAGUGUCAAGACCCUUGUCCAGGAACUUGUGGACAAAAUGCAGUUUGCCAAGUUAUUGGUCAUCUACCUUCUUGUACGUGUAUCUCGGGAUAUACUGGCGAUCCAUUCAGAUAUUGCGUUAUGUCACCACCUGAAACAAUAUACAACGAAACACUACAAUAUCCAUGCGAACCAUCCCCUUGCGGCCCUAAUAGUCAAUGUAAAGAAGUUAAUAAACAGGCAGUAUGCUCUUGUUUGGCAAAUUAUAUCGGUUCCCCACCAGCCUGUCGACCAGAAUGUGUUGUGAGCUCGGAAUGUGCAAGAAACAAAGCAUGCAUAAAUCAAAAAUGUUCAGAUCCGUGUCCAGGGUCAUGCGGUCUUAACUCUGAAUGUGAAACUAUAAACCAUAGCCCAAUUUGUAUCUGCACCUCUGGAUAUACUGGUGAUCCAUUUGCGAGAUGUUUUCCUAUUCCACCGCCUCAAUUCGACCCAGAAACGCAUAUAAUGGAAGAUCCUUGCGUUCCAUCUCCUUGUGGUUCGAAUUCUCAAUGUAGAGAUAUAGCAGGAACAGCAUCAUGUUCGUGUUUACCUAACUAUUUUGGACAACCUCCAAACUGUAGACCAGAAUGUAUUAUCAAUUCAGAUUGCACAAGUAAUUUGGCUUGCAUCAAGCAAAAAUGUAUGGACCCUUGUCCUGGUUCUUGUGGUUUUGGAGCAAGUUGUAGUGUCAUCAAUCAUAUACCAAUAUGUUCCUGUCCAGAUGGUUAUACAGGGGAUCCUUUCAUUUCUUGCUCACCAAAACCGAUAGAAACUGAACCAAUCUUAAAUGAUCCUUGCAACCCUUCUCCAUGUGGUUCAAAUGCUCAGUGUGAUAACGGUAUUUGCACCUGCCUUCUGGAAUAUCUGGGUGAUCCAUAUCAAGGAUGUAGACCUGAAUGUGUUUUAAAUAACGACUGUCCCAGAGAUAAAGCCUGCACUAAGAAUAAAUGUAAAGAUCCAUGUCCUGGAGUAUGCGGCCAGAACGCUGAGUGUGCCGUAAUAAAUCAUAUUCCUGUUUGUUCAUGUAUCACUGGAUUUACCGGAAAUGCAUUUGUCUUGUGUAAUCCCGUGCCAGUUCAAACACCCAAGAAUCCGUGUAGUCCCUCACCAUGUGGACCCAACAGUCGAUGUAAAGAAACGAAUGGUCAAGCAGUAUGUUCUUGCGUUCCUGGAUUUAUAAGUAGUCCUCCAACUUGUAGGCCAGAAUGUGUUACAAGCGAAGAAUGUUCUCUUAACCAAGCAUGCGUGAACCAGAAAUGUAUCGAUCCCUGUCCCGGAACUUGUGGUCUCAGUGCUUUAUGUCAAGUGGUUAAUCAUAACCCUAUUUGUAGUUGCCAACCAAUGCACAGUGGAGAUCCAUUCGUCAGAUGUAGUCCAAUAAGAGAACAAGACAUAGUAUCUACCGAUCCUUGCCAUCCGUCACCAUGUGGUCCAAAUGCUCAAUGUAAAGAAAUUAAUGGGUCUCCAUUAUGUUCUUGCUUACCUGAGUAUAUUGGUUCACCACCAAACUGUAGACCAGAAUGUGUCAGUAAUAGUGAAUGUGUUAAUCAUUUAGCUUGCAUAAACCGUAAAUGUAAAGAUCCCUGCCCAGGUGCAUGCGGACAGAAUGCAGAAUGUAGAGUUGUCAGUCAUACUCCCAACUGUGUUUGUUCAGCUGGUUAUACUGGCGAUCCAUUUUCACUUUGUCACAUACAAGUUGAAAACCCUCCUGCAGAAAGACCAACACCAUGUCUGCCUUCACCUUGCGGUUUUAACGCAGAAUGUAGAGAAAGAAAUGGAGCUGGAGCUUGUAGUUGCCUUCCAAAUUAUAUUGGGAAUCCUUACGAAGGCUGUAGACCUGAGUGCACCGUAAAUUCAGAUUGUCAUCCGAGUAAAGCAUGUAUAAAUGAUAAAUGUGUUGAUCCCUGUCCAGGAACUUGUGGCCAAAAUUCGAACUGUCAUGUUGUGAAUCACUUGCCAACUUGUGUGUGUAUUUCCGGAUAUACAGGAGAUCCUUUCAGGCAUUGUAAUCUACUGCCUCCAGAAAUAGAAGAAUCGCCAAUACAAAAUCCAUGUCAACCUUCACCUUGUGGGCCCAACAGUCGAUGUCAAGAAGUAAAGGGUCAAUCUGUUUGUUCUUGUUUACCUGAAUAUGUAGGAAACCCACCAGAUUGUAGACCAGAAUGUACAGUGAGCUCAGAAUGUGCACCUAAUAAAGCCUGUGUGAAUAAAAAAUGUGGCGAUCCGUGCCCCGGAACGUGUGGACUGAAUGCAAAUUGUCAAGUUAUAAAUCAUAGCCCUAUUUGUAGUUGUCAAAUGGGAUAUACGGGAGAUCCAUUCUCUAGAUGUUAUAGUGUUCCUUCUCCGCCUCCACAAGAGAAACCGAUUAUCGACCCAUGUUUGCCAUCCCCUUGUGGACCAAAUAGUCAAUGUAGAGACAUCGGCGGAAUCCCAUCCUGUUCUUGUUUACAAAACUUCAUGGGUAGUCCACCCAACUGCAGACCAGAAUGUACUAUCAAUUCUGAAUGUCAAAGUAAUCUGGCUUGUAUUAAUCAAAAAUGUAAAGAUCCUUGUAUCGGUUCUUGUGGUACUGGUGCGAGUUGUAGAGUUAUCAAUCAUAUCCCAACUUGCCGUUGUAUUGAAGGCUUUAUAGGAGAUCCUUUCACAUAUUGUCAACCGAAACCCCAAGAAGAACCUUCAGUUUCAGAACCUUGCAGUCUGUCUCCAUGUGGUUCUAACGCACAGUGUGACGAUGGAAUAUGUACUUGUCUACCUGAAUAUCACGGGGAUCCUUACAGUGGGUGUAGACCAGAAUGUAUAAUGAGUACUGAUUGUACCCGUGAUAAAGCCUGCAUCAGAAAAAAAUGUAUCGAUCCAUGUCCAGGAACUUGCGGACAAAAUGCAGAAUGUUCCGUUACUAACCACAUUCCAUCAUGCUCUUGUCUGCAGGGAUAUCAAGGUAACGCUUUUGUACUCUGCACUCCUGUGCCGGUGGAAGUUUCUAAAAAUCCUUGCAAUCCAACUCCAUGUGGUCCCAAUAGUCAGUGUAGAGAAAUAAAUGGAAAUGCAGUUUGUUCAUGUGUACUUGGAUUUAUUGGAAGCCCGCCAACUUGUCGUUCUGAAUGUGUAUCUAGUUCAGAAUGUUCCCUUGACAGAGCUUGUGUCAAUCAGAAAUGUAUUGAUCCCUGUCCAGGAACAUGUGGAUUAAAUACAAAUUGUCAAGUGGUUAACCAUAAUCCUAUAUGUAUUUGUUCACCGGGUCAUAGUGGAGAUCCAUUUACAAGAUGUCUGAUUAUAAAAGAAGAACCAACAGAAACAUCAAAUCCAUGUCAACCUUCUCCAUGUGGUCCUAAUUCACAAUGUAGAGAUGUUGGAGAAGCACCUUCUUGUUCCUGCUUACCAGAGUUUAUCGGAACUCCACCUAACUGUAGACCAGAGUGUGUUAGCAAUACUGAAUGUGAUAACAACUUGGCAUGUAUAAAUAAAAAAUGUAAAGAUCCAUGUCCUGGAGUUUGUGGCCAUAAUGCUGAAUGUAGAGUAGUGAGCCAUACUCCGAAUUGUGUGUGUUUGGGUGGUUUCGUUGGAAAUCCUUUCAUUCAGUGUCAACAACAAAUUCAAAUGACUGAACCUGAAAGACUUACACCGUGUGUACCUUCUCCGUGUGGAGUUAAUGCAAAUUGUAGAGAACAAAAUGGUGCUGGAUCCUGUACUUGUUUGCCAGAUUAUUUCGGAAAUCCAUAUGAAGGCUGCAGACCUGAAUGUACACUCAACUCUGACUGUACGUCAAAUAAAGCAUGUAUUAGAAAUAAAUGUAUGGAUCCAUGCCCUGGAACAUGUGGUUUGAAUGCAGAAUGUCAAGUUAUUAGUCAUUUGCCUUCUUGCAAUUGUAUAUCAGGUUAUAGCGGCGAUCCUUUCAAAUACUGCACUCCAACACAAAAUGUUGAAGAAUUCACGAACCCUUGUCAAAACAAUCCAUGUGGUCCAAACAGCCAGUGUCGAGAAGUCAAUGACCAAGCAGUAUGUUCAUGUUUGCCUGAUUAUGUUGGUAGUCCUCCAGGAUGUAGACCAGAAUGUGUUGUCAGCUCGGAAUGCUCCCAAACUACAGCUUGUAUUUCUAAAAAAUGUACUGACCCCUGUCCAGGAACAUGCGGCUUGAAUGCUGAAUGUCAUGUAGUAAAUCACAGCCCUAUCUGUAGUUGUAAACAUCAAUACAGUGGUGAUCCCUUCACACGAUGUUUCAUAAUUCCUCCUCCAUCCGAAGAACCUAAAGAACAAGUUAAAAACCCUUGUGUACCAUCACCUUGUGGUGCUAAUAGCCAAUGUUAUGAUAUAGGAGGAUAUCCAUCGUGUUCAUGCCUAGCUAAUUAUAUUGGUACUCCACCAAACUGUAGAUCAGAAUGUUCAAUCAAUGCCGAGUGUUCUAGUAACCUAGCUUGUAUCAGACAGAAAUGUGUAGACCCUUGUCCAGGUUCCUGCGGUGCUGGUGCACAAUGUAAUGUUAUCAAUCACACACCAAUCUGUUUAUGCCCUGAAGGUUAUACAGGUGAUCCGUUCACUUACUGUCAACUAAAACGUCAGGAGAUAGAACCGACUGAAACAGAUCCUUGUACUCCUUCACCCUGUGGGGCAAAUGCUGUAUGUGACAAUGGUAUAUGUAGUUGCAUAUCGGAGUAUCAUGGAGAUCCUUAUAGAGGAUGUCGUCCAGAAUGUGUUCUGAAUAUUGACUGCUCGAAGAAUCUUGCGUGUAUCAAGAACAAAUGCAAGAAUCCCUGUCCGGGAACAUGCGGUCAGAAUGCGGAAUGUUCAGUCUUCAAUCAUAUUCCUACGUGUACAUGUAUUGAAAACUACCGAGGAAAUGCUUUUGUUUUCUUGAUAAAUAAGGCUGAAGCUCCUAAGAAUCCAUGCAAUCCUUCACCAUGUGGUCCUAAUAGUCAAUGUAGAGAAAUCAAUGGACAGGCUGUCUGUUCUUGUGUAGCUGGAUUUAUUGGUAGCCCACCAACUUGUCGACCUGAGUGUGUGACCAGUGUCGAAUGUCCUUUAAAUGAAGCAUGCCUCAAUCAAAAAUGUCAGGAUCCAUGUCUUGGAACGUGUGGUUUCAAUGCGAGAUGUCAAGUUGUUAAUCAUAAUCCAAUUUGUAGUUGUCCAAAUAAGUUCAGUGGGGAUCCAUUUUCACAAUGUUUGCCGAUAAGAGAAGAACCUGAUGAUUCAAGUGACCCAUGUCAACCAUCGCCCUGUGGUCCAAAUUCCCAGUGUAGGGAGACUAACGGUUCACCUUCUUGUUCCUGUUUAUCUGAAUUCGUUGGAUCUCCACCAAAUUGUAAACCAGAGUGUGUCAGUAAUACAGAAUGUGACAAUCAUUUAGCUUGCAUCAACAAAAAAUGUCGAGAUCCAUGUCCAGGAAUUUGUGGUCAGAAUUCAGAGUGCCGCGUGGUGAGUCAUACACCGAACUGUAUCUGUAUUAGUGGAUAUACUGGAGAUCCAUUUAUAAAAUGUGACAUACCAGAAGUUAUAGAACCUUCUGAAAUUAAAAAUCCGUGUUCUCCAUCACCAUGUGGCUCAAAUGCAAUAUGUAGAGAACAAAAUGGUGCAGGAUCGUGUACGUGUAUUUCUGAGUAUUUGGGAAAUCCUUACGAAGGUUGCAGGCCUGAAUGUGUUCUGAAUUCUGAUUGUUCUUCUGAUAAGGCAUGCCUGAAUAAUAAAUGCAAAGAUCCGUGCCCGGGAACAUGUGGUCAAAAUGCAGAUUGCCGAGUCAUAAAUCAUCUUCCAUCGUGUACUUGUAUAGUAGGCUACACUGGAGAUCCAUUCAGUUUUUGUAAUGUAUUUCAAGAACCUGAAACACCUAUUCAAACCAAUCCCUGCCAACCAAAUCCUUGUGGUCCAAAUAGUCAGUGCAGGGAAAUCAACAAUCAAGCCGUCUGCUCUUGUUUAUCAAAUUAUAUCGGUAGUCCACCGGGAUGUCGCCCAGAAUGUACAGUUAGCUCAGAUUGCUCCCUCAAUAAAGCAUGUAUUAAACAAAAAUGUUCUGACCCUUGUCCGGGAUCAUGUGGACAUAAUGCCAUGUGCAAUGUUAUAAACCAUAGUCCCAUAUGCAACUGUAAACCGAAACACACUGGCGAUCCAUUUACCAGAUGUUAUCUCAUUCCAUCACCACCACCUGAACAAACUCCAAUUGUUAUCAGAAAUCCUUGUGUACCUUCUCCAUGUGGACCUCAUUCAAUAUGUCAAGAUUCAAAUGGUGUACCUUCUUGUUCGUGUACCAGUAACUAUAUAGGCAGUCCACCAAAUUGUAGACCUGAAUGUACAAUCAAUUCGGAGUGUUCAAGUAAUUUAGCAUGUAUUCGGGAGCGAUGUAGGGAUCCUUGCCCAGGAUCGUGUGGAGUUGGAGCUUUAUGCAACGUUAUUAAACAUAUUCCAAUAUGUAGAUGCCUUGAGGGAUACACUGGAGAUCCAUUCAACAACUGCUUUCCCAAACCACUUCCUACUCAAGAAACAGAAAAAGACCUUUGCAAUCCAUCUCCUUGCGGCCCCAAUGCUCAAUGCAAUGAUGGUCUAUGCUCUUGCAUUAGUGAAUAUCAAGGAAAUCCAUAUGAAGGUUGUAGACCCGAAUGUGUGUUGAACACUGAUUGUCAAAGAAAUAAAGCUUGUAUUAGAAAUAAAUGUAUUGACCCUUGCACCGGCAUCUGUGGACAAAAUGCGGAAUGUUCUGUAAUCAACCAUAUACCUUCAUGUUCCUGUAUUCAAGGUUACGCUGGCAAUGCUUUUAUAUCAUGUUCUCCUCUAUCAGAGGAAAUGCCACCGAAUUUAUGCAGUCCAUCCCCUUGUGGUCCAAAUAGUCACUGUAAAGAAGUAAAUAACCAGGCUAUUUGUUCUUGCAUAUCAGGAUAUAUUGGAAGUCCACCAACUUGUAGACCAGAAUGUGUUACUUCUACGGAAUGUUCUCUUGAUCGAGCUUGUGUGAAUCAGAAGUGUAUAGAUCCAUGUCCUGGAACUUGUGGAUUGAAUUCUCGCUGUCAAGUCGUCAAUCAUAAUCCAAUAUGUAGUUGUCCUGAGAAAUAUACUGGAGAUCCGUUCACUAGAUGCCAAAUAAUGAUAGAAGAACCAUUAGUUCAAGAUAAUCCUUGCCAACCGUCACCGUGCGGUGCACAUUCAAUGUGCAGGGAAGUAAAUGGGUCUCCAUCGUGCUCUUGUUUGGCAGAUUUCAUCGGAUUACCUCCCAAUUGUAAACCGGAAUGUGUUAGUAACAGUGAAUGUUCCGAGCACUUGGCAUGCAUUAAUAAUAAGUGCAAGGAUCCAUGCUCUGGUGUAUGUGGUAUACAGGCUGAAUGUAGAGUUGUUUCUCAUACUCCAAAUUGUUUCUGUAAUUCCGGAUAUUCUGGUGACCCAUUCUAUGAAUGUGUUAUAACUGCAAUUUCCGUUUCCACACCAUCUGCACAAACAAAGCCAUGCUAUCCUUCACCUUGUGGUGCAAAUGCGUUAUGCAGGGAACGAAAUAAUGCUGGAUCAUGUAUUUGCCUACCAGAUUACAUUGGAAAUCCGUAUGAAGGAUGUCGUCCUGAGUGUGUUCUCAAUUCCGAUUGUUCUCCAAAUAGAGCAUGUAUUAACAAUAAAUGUAAAGAUCCUUGUCCAGGUUCAUGCAGUCAAAAUUCUAACUGUCAGGUUAUCAACCACUUGCCAUCUUGUUCUUGUAUUGCUGGAUAUACAGGAGACCCAUUCAUAUACUGUAAAUAUAUUGCAGUCAGAGAAGAACCAUCUGUUUCUUCCCAACCAUGCAAACCAUCUCCUUGUGGUCCAAACAGCCAGUGCCAUGAGAUCAAUAACCUAGCGGUUUGUUCUUGCUUGCCAAAUUAUAAAGGUAGUCCACCAGGUUGCAGACCUGAAUGUACAGUAAGCUCAGAAUGUCAGCCCACAAAAGCCUGUUACAACCAAAAAUGUGUUGAUCCUUGCCCAGGGAUAUGUGGUAUCAAUACUCGAUGUCAGGUGAUCAACCAUAGCCCAAUUUGUAGUUGUUCUGAAGGAAAUACUGGAGAUCCUUUCACGAGGUGUUAUGCAUUGCCAGUAUCCCCACCUCAGACUGAUACACCCCAAAUAAUAAAUCCAUGUAUACCUUCGCCCUGUGGACCGAAUAGUCAAUGCAGAGAUGUCAAUGGCAACCCAUCUUGUUCUUGUUUACCACAAUAUCUAGGCAAUCCACCAAACUGUAGAUCUGAAUGUACUAUCAACUCUGAAUGUUCAAGCAACUUGGCUUGUAUAGAUGAAAAAUGCAGGGAUCCAUGUCCUGGAUCUUGUGGUAUUGCCGCAGUUUGUGAAGUAAUUAAUCACAAUUCGAUUUGUAAGUGCCCUCCAGGUUUUGGUGGCGAUGCAUUCAUAAUAUGUAAUCUUUUACCGCAACCACCAACUUCUAUAGUUAGAGAUAUGUGCCAUCCUAAUCCUUGCGGUACGAAUGCACAAUGUGAUAAUGGAACCUGUACUUGUUAUCCAGAUUAUCAUGGAGACCCAUAUAGAGAGUGUAGACCAGAAUGUGUGUCCAACUCUGAUUGUUCUCGCGACAUGGCUUGUAUCCUUCAAAAAUGUAAAAAUCCAUGUGAGGACAUUUGCGGUCAGAACGCUGAAUGUACUGUGUUCAAUCAUUUUCCUUCUUGUUCCUGUCUCCAAGGUUUUUCUGGAGAUCCAUUUAUUUAUUGUAAAAAAAUCGAAACACCACUUCCCAAAAAUCCUUGCAAUCCAUCUCCAUGUGGACCCAAUAGCCAAUGUAGAGAAAUUAACGGACAGGGUGUCUGUUCUUGUUUACAAAGUUACAUUGGUACUCCUCCAACAUGUAGACCUGAAUGUGUAAGUAGUUCCGACUGUCCCUUGAACAGAGCUUGUAUCAAUCGAAAAUGUCUCGACCCUUGUCCUGGAACUUGCGGAAUAAAUGCGCUGUGUCAAGUUGUAAAUCACAAUCCUAUUUGUACUUGUCCUAUAAGAUAUACCGGCGAUCCGUUCAUAAGAUGUCAGGUUAUCAUUGUUGAAGAAAAACCACUGCCCUCCGUCAUCGAAUCUCAAAAUCCUUGUACAUCAUCACCUUGUGGUCUAUACGCUCAAUGUGAACCAACAGAUAUCGGUACAGCAAAAUGUACCUGUUAUAUCAAUUAUAUUGGCGCACCUCCUAAUUGUAGACCUGAGUGUAUAUCAAAUGACGAUUGCUCUAAAAACUCAGCAUGCAUCAACCAGAAAUGUAAAGAUCCGUGUCCUGGUUCAUGUGGAUUGAAUGCACAAUGCCUCGUUGUGAAUCACAUUCCCAGCUGUAUAUGUUUAGAUAGUUUUGUUGGUGAUCCUUUCACUGUCUGUCAUAAACCACUUCCACCUCCGGAUAUACCAACGAAAAAAGAUCCGUGUUUCCCAUCGCCAUGUGGAGCAAAUGCCAGGUGCCAAGUUGACAACAAUUAUGCCAUUUGUCAAUGCUUCCCGGAGUAUCAUGGCAAUCCAUAUGAUAAUUGCAGGCCAGAAUGCUUGACGAGUGCAGAUUGUCCAAUGAACAGAGCCUGUAUACGAAACAAAUGUUUGGACCCUUGUCCAGGAACUUGUGGCGUUAACGCCCUUUGUACCAUAACUAAUCAUAUACCAGUUUGUUCUUGUCCAGAAAAAUAUACCGGAGAUGCUUUUAGACUGUGCAUACCAGUUAUUGAAGAGCCACCAAAAGAUCCAUGCAAUCCAUCUCCAUGCGGACUUAACACCAUUUGUCGAAAAUCAGGAAUAAACGCAAUUUGUGAAUGCAUUCCUGGCUUUUUCGGAACACCUACAGCAGGAGGUUGUAAACCUGAAUGUACAAUAAGCGCUGAUUGUGACAGAAACAAAGCUUGCAUAAAUACGAAGUGUGUUGACCCUUGUCCGGGAGUUUGCGGGUUUGGAGCUGUUUGUAAUGUAAUAAACCACAGUCCCGUCUGUAGCUGUCCAACACCAUUAGUUGGGGAUCCUUUCACCUUAUGUAGGGAACAACCCGAAGAAGAUUCAAAAGAUCCUUGCUAUCCAUCACCAUGCUCUUUAAAUGGUCAAUGUAGAGUAGUAAAUGGCAUAGCAACUUGCACUUAUCCCGAAUGUAUAAUAAAUCAAGAUUGUCCCCGCGAUAAAGCUUGCUAUUCACAGAAAUGUCGAGAUCCUUGUAGAGACGCUUGUGGUUUGAACGCUCUUUGCCAGGUGGUUAAUCAUAAGGCAGUCUGCUCGUGUCCAUAUAAUUAUAUUGGAUCUCCCGAAGUUCAAUGCAGUGCCUUAGCUGAAGAACAACCGAAAGUUGAGUGUACCCAAGACUCUGAGUGUACAAAUGACAAAGCAUGUAUCAAUAACGUCUGCAAAGACCCCUGUUCAGCGAGCGUCGGAAUAUGUGGUAGCAAUGCAAAUUGUCGUCCACAACUACAUAGGGCUGUUUGUAUUUGUAAAGAAGGUUUCACAGGAAAUGCCCAACAUGCAUGUUUCGAAAUUGGAUGUAGAUCGGAUUCUGAAUGUGGACCAUCUCAAGCCUGUAUCAAUAGAAAUUGUGUGGAUCCUUGUUCCUUCACAUUCUGCGGCUUAAAUGCUUUAUGCAGAGCUGAUAUUAAUCAUAAGGCUAGAUGCUACUGUCCCGAUACUUUUAGAGGCGACCCAUUCGUGAGAUGUGAGCGUCCAGAAUGUUCUAAAGACGAAGAAUGUUCAUAUAAUCUAGCUUGUAAAAACGAAAGAUGUUCUGAUCCAUGCGCCUGCGGAUUUGGUGCAAUAUGCACAGUCACGAAUCAUAUACCUCAAUGCUCGUGUCCGCCUGGAUAUUCCGGAAAUCCACUGACUUCGUGCAAAAUUCUAGAAAUAGUAAAAGAACCUGAGUGCAAAAUGGACGCAGAUUGCCCAAGUAGAUUAGCCUGCUUCAACGGGAAUUGUAAAAACCCAUGUCUUGAAACGAAGCCGUGUGGAAAAAAUACAGAAUGUAUCGUAGUAGAUAGCUUACCACUAAGGACAAUGUCUUGCAUGUGUCUACCAGGAUAUAUAGGAGAUGCAGACAUCGAAUGUAAACCAGCACAAGAAAAAGAACCUGGUUGCAAUGACAACAGAGAAUGUUCCUCCAGUGAUGUGUGUCUUAAUAGAAAAUGUAUCAAUCCAUGUGCCAUUGGAAAUCCAUGUGCUCCCACUGCUGAAUGUAAGUCAUCUGAUCAUAAAGCAGUUUGUAAAUGUCAACCUGGAUUGAUAGGAGAUCCUCUGCUGAAUUGUUACCGACCGUCUGUAAUUGAGCCUGAAUGUAAAUUUGAUUCUGAAUGUUCUAAUGAUAAAUCGUGCAUCAGUGAACGUUGUCAAGAUCCAUGCUCUUUGGCUAAUCCAUGCGGUUCACAAGCUGAAUGUCGAACAAAUUUCCAUAGACCAACUUGUAUAUGUCCAGAUGGUUGGUUAGGAAACCCACAAGUCAUAUGUUACAAACCUGAAUGUAAAUCGGAUCAAGAUUGUCCAUACGAUAAAGCCUGCAUCAACAAAAACUGCCUAAAUCCUUGUAAUAUACAAACCUGUGGACGAGGAGCACAAUGUAUUGUUUUCAAUCAUAUUGGGCAAUGUCAGUGCCCUCUUGGAACACAAGGAGAUCCUCUUAUAUCCUGUAUAACUGGAAUAUGUCAUUAUAAUGAAGAUUGUGCUGAUCAUGAGGCUUGUGAUCGUUUGAAUCGAGUUUGUAGACCUGUCUGUGACGAUGAAAUUUGUGCUUCAACGGCAACUUGUAUUGGACGAGGACAUCAACCAAAAUGUCAAUGUUCUAUUGGAUCAACUGGUAAUCCCUACAUUGAAUGUAACGUGCCAACUCCACCACUAAAUGAUAUAGAAUGUCGAAUAGAUUCAGACUGUGUUCCACAACUUGCUUGUAUUAAUAAUCGUUGCUCGAAUCCCUGCACAACGGAAAAUGUUUGCUCACCCGACCAGGAAUGUCGUGUAUUAGACACUUCACCGCUUCGUACGAUCAUGUGCCAGUGUCCACCAGAUACAGUUGUUGAUAUCUCGGGACGAUGUGUUGCCAUUAUUCACAUGGAAUCACAAUGUCGCUUAGAUUCUGAUUGCACUUACAGAGAUAAAUGUGUUAGCGGAACUUGUGUAGAGGCGUGCAAAAUCGAUAGAUGUGGAGUAAACGCCUUGUGCAACUCUGUUGAUCAUCAAGCCAUUUGUUCUUGUGCUCCAGAAUAUACAGGAAAUGCCCGAUAUGAAUGCACUAAUAUUCCAAAUAGUCCAUUUGUGGUGACGACGCCAGAAUGUUAUACGAACGAUGACUGUACAUAUGAUAAGAUUUGUAAAAACGAUCAUUGUGUGAAUCCUUGUUUAGAAGAGCAGCCGUGUGCUCGCAGUGCGUUCUGCUCUGUGAAAAAUCACACAGCGAUUUGCAAAUGCCCAAAUGAUUAUGAAGGAAACCCCCAAAUUGAUUGUAUUGCACCCAUCGGACCAACUCUUGGAUGUGCAGCGAAUUCAGAUUGUCCCCAAAGUGAAUCAUGUGUUAAUCAAAAGUGUGUUAAUCCUUGUAACUGUGGACCAAAUGCCGAAUGCAGAGUUAUAAAUCAUUAUCCAAUAUGUUAUUGCCAGGUUGGUUAUUCUGGAAAUCCACAAACAGGUUGUAUCAAGCUGAAAUGUCAAGCAAACAAUGAUUGUAACGAUGAUCAGCAAUGUUACAAUGGACAGUGUGUCAAUCCAUGUAUUCUAGGAGAUCCUUGUGCAAGAAAUGCUGAGUGCUUUGGAAAUGAGCAUAGAGCAUCUUGCAAAUGUCGAACUGGAUAUGACGGCAAUCCAUUCGAUAAAUGUGAACGUAUAGAGUGUCGCGGCGAUAUUGACUGUCCAUCCAACAAAGCAUGUCUACAACAACGCUGUGUUGAUCCUUGCUCAAGUGUGGCCAAUCCACCAUGUGCACAAAAUGCCAUUUGUUAUGCACAAAAUCACGCUGCUGGUUGCAGAUGUCCACCACAGGCUCCUGAAGGUAAUCCAUUAUCAUUCUGUAGUGGUCCAUCAAAAGGAGAUAUACCAGAAUGUGAAUUUGAUACAGAUUGUCCUAGUAAAUUGGCUUGUAUACGAAAUCAAUGUGUUAAUCCAUGUGAAAGUCUAUCUCCAUGUCAUCCAAAUUCACAAUGCUCAGUAUUGGAUACAAUACCAGUACGGACAAUGAUAUGCACUUGUCCUGAAGGCUGGGUACCUUCUGAAAGUGGUGAGUGUCAUGCAGUAGUCGUACCAAUUCCUCCAGGUUGUACCACAGAUGGCGACUGUUCAGAUAGUGAAGCUUGCAUCAAUCGAUUAUGCCGAAAUCCUUGUGAAUGUGGUACCAAUUCUCACUGCGAAAUUCGAAAUCAUAGAGCCAUUUGUUCUUGUAGAGAAGGUUUUGAAGGUAAUCCAAAUAUUGCUUGUCACACAGUAGGAUGCAGAGUAGACUCUGAGUGCGGAUCAGGAAAAGCUUGUAUCAACGGAAACUGUAUUAAUCCAUGUUUAGUAAAAGAUAACUGUGGAAUAAAUGCUGAAUGCUUUGUGUACCAAAAUCGGGCAGAAUGUCAAUGUUCCAGUGGUUAUCGAGGAAAUCCGUUGGAUAGGUGCAUGAUUGUUGAGUGUCAUGCAAAUAGCGAUUGUCCUACUGAUCGGCAGUGCAUAAAUUCGCAGUGUAUCAAUCCAUGUGUUUAUGAUAAUUUAUGCUCAUCGCGCGCUGAGUGUAAAGUUUACAACCACCUGGCAGUGUGCAGAUGUCCUCCUGGAUUAAUUGGCAACCCAUACGUUGACUGUAAACUGGAACCUCAACCCGAAUGCAGGGAAGAUAUUGAGUGUCCAUCUCGAUUAGCGUGUUUGAAUAACAAGUGCCAAGAUCCAUGCAUAAUCUUAGAACCUUGCCACCGUCCAUCUGAAUGUCAAGUCAUCGGUUCUGUUCCAGUUAGAACUAUGAUAUGUAUCUGUCCUCCAGGUUAUAUUAGUAGCGGCAGUGGUACCUGCAAUGCCGUUACAGCUGUGACAAUUGUAGGAGCAUGUGUAAGUGAUGGAGAAUGUCCAACUGAUAAGGCUUGUUUCAACGGAAUAUGUAAAAAUCCAUGCAACUGUGGGCCUAACGCUGAAUGUCGUAUAAAAAAUCAUAAGCCUGUAUGCACUUGUAGGCAAGGUUUCAAUGGAAAUCCAGAAUUGGAAUGUACAAGAAUAGGUUGUAGAAGUGAUGAUGAAUGUUCUGGACAACACAGCUGUAUUAACAGACAGUGCACACCAGUUUGUGCGGCAGAUGGAACUUCAUGUGGGGAACAAGCGAAGUGCUACGGUUUUAACCAUCGAGCUAUUUGUGAAUGUCCCCCUGGUUUGCGAGGAAAUCCAAGAACAUCAUGUGUUUUGGUCGGUUGUAGAACUGAUUCUGAUUGUCCUGGAAACAGAGCUUGUAUCAACAAUAAAUGUGAAUUACCAUGUGCAACCUCCAAUCCAUGUGAAGGACUAGCGACAUGUAAAGUAUACAACCAUGUAGUAGAAUGUAUUUGCCCACCAGGAACUCUGAGUGAUGGAAAAUUAGGAUGCAUCAAAGUUGAAGAAAAAUGCAGAAAAGAUUUGGAUUGUCCAGCGCAGUUCGCGUGUAUUGGAGGUGAAUGCGUGAAUUCCUGUAACGUCACAGAACCAUGCGGUGUAAACGCAAAAUGUACACUUCUUGAAACAAUUCCGAUAAAAACAAUGAUUUGUCAGUGUCUUCCAGGAUUCCAAGGCAAUGCGGCAGUUCAAUGUGACAAGAUAGCCCUAUGCAGAAUCGACAAAGGAUAUAUUAGGACCCCUGAUGGUGAAUGUAUUUGUCCACCUAAUGCAGCAUUGGAUGAAAACGAUGAAUGCCACCCUUGUCCUGUAGAAAAGGGACUGAAAAUUGACGAAAGAGGUCGUUGCGUAUGUGCUUUGGAAAGAGGUUUGAUUAUUGACGAACGCGGAAAUUGUGUAUGUCCAACUGAAUUUGGAUAUCGUUUGGAUAUCAGAGGAAAUUGCAUACCAAAAACUGGCCCAGAAUGUGAUAGUGAUAACGAUUGCUUAGAUCAUCAAUAUUGUAACACCAAUACUAAAACAUGUGAUAACGCAUGUUCUACAAAGCGCUGUGGCGUGAAUGCUUUAUGUAAUGCCACUAAUCAUCAAGCAAUCUGUCAAUGCAUAACUGGUUAUAGUGGAAAUCCAGAUAUUCAUUGCGAUCAUACAAGCCACUAUAAAACCGAUUUCCCCAGGCCAGAACUGACAGUUAGCUGUCUAUCAGAUGGAGUUCAAGUUGAAAUCACAUUAACCGAAAUUGGAUUCAACGGAAUAUUGUACGUCAAAGGUCACAGCAAAGAUGAAAAAUGUAGAAGGGUAGUUUCAAUCGAGUCUGGUGACCGAAUUGAGUAUUUCAAAGUACAAUUUGGAAACUGCGGGCUGAUACAUGUUAAUGGUGAAGCUAGUUUCGUGUUAGUGAUUCAGAAACAUCCAAAACUAGUUACUUACAAAGCACAAGCAUAUCAUAUCAAGUGCGUAUACCAAACAGGAGAACAAAAUGUUACCCUUGGUUUCAACGUAUCGAUGUUAACUACCGCCGGUACUAUUGCCAAUACAGGACCACCCCCAACUUGCCUAAUGAAAAUCGUUACACCAACCGGAAAGGAAAUCAAUUCUGCGGAAAUUGGUGAUAAUCUGAUGUUACAAGUAGACGUCCAGCCAGGGUCAAUCUACGGAGGUUUUGCUAGAAGCUGCGUAGCCAAGACAAUGGAAGACAGCGUAGAAAAUGAGUAUUUGGUUACAGAUGAAAAUGGUUGUGCAACCGACGCAACAAUCUUUGGAGAGUGGGAAUAUAAUUCAGAUACUCAAAGUUUACUAGCCAGCUUCAAUGCUUUCAAAUUCCCAAGCAGUGAUAAUAUCAGAUUCCAAUGUAAUAUAAGGGUGUGUUUUGGAAAAUGUCAGCCGGUGAACUGUCGAGGAUAUAAUGCAUUUGGAAGGCGUAAGAGAGCGAUUGAAGAUAAUGAAACAGAUGUAGCAAUAGGAGGAGAUUUAUUGACUGGGCAAUUGAGGGAAGAAAUCACAAUUGAGUCUAAUGCAAUUCUAACUUUCGAGAGGCGAGAAGAGCGUUUACCAGAUUCUCAAACAGCUGCAAACGCUCAGAGAGUGGAAGACAUAUGUGUAUCGAUGAUUGGUUUCAUCAUAGCAAUAAUAAUCACUGCCCUUUUGGCUUUGGUGGCUGUUGCAGUAGCAGUUUCGUGUUGGCUUAUGGCAUAUCGGCGCAGACCUAAAGCCUCUGGUCCACUGCCACAUCCGCCGGAGUUUCCUAACCCUUUGUUUACGACUCCAGAACCAAUGGCCGAGCCAAGCCCAGACUACCUCACUUAAAACACUGCGAAUUUAGUUUAUAAGUUCUCUAAACUUCCAAAUGUAUUCAUUGAUACCACAAUAAUGACAUGAUAUACAGGCAGUAUUUUAAACCGACUUGCUGGAAGCAAAAGAAAUACUCGAAUUUACGUAGAUGUUCAUUUUUGUAUAUUUGAUUUCAGAUGUUUUGUAACUCAGUUAAUACUUCUUUCAAUCCGUCCAGUGCUACUCACCUAAUUUUAUACUGCCAGAAGUAAGCAACUGAUGUUACAGGCUCUGUAGUGAGUAUGAUAUAGAUGAAACUUUAAAAAAUGUGUACCCCCAUAUAAUUUCUACAUUAUCAGCCUGAUAUGGUGUGUAUACAUUUUUCUCAAUCUUUUCCACUGGCUGUUUCUAAUAAGUAUCUUAUAAAGACAAGGGAACUAUUGAAAAUGGUGGUGGCCUUCCUAAUGUUUCAAUCAAAACCUUUCCCAAUAAUUGAUUCUGUAAGCCCCUUGAUUCUGUUGCUAGCUGAAACUUGUUCGAUCUAUUGUAAAUAUGAUAAAUUUUUAUUUCACAGCCUCUGGAAGAUAUAUGAAAUGAUAGAUAAGACUAUAAAUUUUAUGAGCUUGUAUAAAGUGUAUGAAAGUUGAUGAGUGUGUAGUCAAUGCUCCAGAAUAUAAUUUUGGUGACGACUGAUUUUAUUCAAUUGAAGCAGUCAUUAAUUAGUCAAUGUUUAAUAUUAGUAACAUAAGUUCAUAUUUUUGUAGGCCUCGACGAGGUAAACUGUUCUCAACCAAAAACAUUGUAUAUUUAUUUGGUUGCAGUUACUGACAUUGAACAAUGUGAUUUCGUUUUGCUAUAAUUCGUUUGUUUAUCCGUCCUUUGUCUUUUGUAAUAGUACAUUCUAACGAUGAUUCCUCAAAAUUGUCAAAUGUGAUAAUCGCUUUUUUAAUAAAGGAUAUUGUUUAAUAUA